CAACAUCCAAGAUGGCUGCCACUGUUGAGUCCCUCGUUUCGUACGGGACCGAUUCAGAUUCAGAUAAUGAGACAAAAUCUAAUGUUAGUCCCGAAAAAGUUGACCCUGAUGCCAUAGCACACCUUCAACCGUUGAAAUCUGGCCAAACAAUGUCUUUGGCUCUCCUUAAUUCAGCUCCUGAGGUCGCCGUAAAGGUAAGUGAGCUAGCAAGGCAGAUUAGCCGGUUGCUAAUUAAGCUAGAUACUUUAGCUAGCUAAUGUACGCUAGCUGUGGAGGUACGCAACGCUAACUAGUUACUAGUGCUAUCCAGCCACAGUCGGCUUGUCACCUAGAAAGCAACUUUGGAAUGUAAUCACUAACUUUACUUAUCUACCUACACUAACGUUAGGUGGAUAGUGAAAGCACAUAUAGAACCAUUACAGAUCCUAUUAAAUUCCUAAUUCUAUGGAUAGAACAAUGAGCUUGUUAUACAAAUAUUUGGUGAAAAUAAGUAGCUAGAAAAGGAAGUUUCUGUAGAAAUUGUGUGAUUGCUCAGUUGGCUGAAAGUAUUAUUAUUAAUGGUAGUGUAAUAAGUUUACAUAAUGAGAAGUUAGGCCUAUCUUUGAGAUAUCUUCCAGUAAAACCAAUGAGAAGAAAAUAUUUGGUGACCAUUGAAACAAAUUUUCCAAUGUUGAUUAAUGCAACUUUAAAUGUUUACUUUUUAAAAAGUAUAGCCUAAUAAAUUCCUGCAUUGAAGUAGCUAAAGUAAGAAAAAAGUGUGUUUUGGAUGUUUACCUUAAAAGAUGAGAGAGACGAGUUUAACCGUCCUUGCCCGCACCUGCCUUAUUAUGACACCUGGCGUCACCAUACCUACAUAUGCAGACUUUCAAUAAUUAAAAAUAGGUGAAAAUAUACACUUAUUUGAUCAUAAGAGGUACACCAUUGUUCGGAGAUAAUCGCUCAUACCACCUGUAGUCUACAUAUCCUUUACAAAAAUGUGGAAGUAGGCCUAGUGUAUUCUCGCUUUACUAAAUUAUGUAAACGGAAAGAUAUUCCCUAAAACAUCGAAUGACCAAUGUUGCAUACAUCGUUUGCCUCCGCUCUGUGCCAAUUACUAAUGAAAUCAUGCAACCGUACAUGUCUUUGAAAGGGUAUACAAUUAAAUAGGAGAAUAUCUUAAACAUUGUAGGCAAUACUGUAGAUUACCCUAAACACUAGCGGCACCCCAUCCUACAGACGGUCAAAAAUCAUUGGAUUUGAUUGUUUUUAACUCAAUGUUGUCGGGUUACAAUAUAUUUUAUUCAGUCGGGCCAUUUUUACAAUGGUACUGUCACAAAGUGGGAAAGCAGGCAGUGGUAGUGAACAACGCUCCAAAAAUGUAAUUCUAAGAAUAGCCUACAGAAAGUGUUUCCUAAGCCCAGUAUCAGACAUUUUUCCCACUGUCCCGUUCAUCCUGUCUAGACUGCCACAUUGGAUCAUUGGAAUGUGCACAUCGUUGUCUUAACAGGUUCAAACAACCACGUUUGUUUGUCUGUUACACAAUGAUCCUGCAAUGUAUUUAUUUUUAUAGUGAGUCCAUCCAGGCACAGGAUCAUAGUGCGAGAGAAGGCAAUUUAUUGAGGAAAUGUUACUUCCUUAUGGUAUAAAAUAAAUACGACCCUUCAGUUUCUUAGUCGCUCAGUGCAGUUUUUCUCUAACAAAUCAUCAACAUUAGGCCAAUUUCCAAAAUCAGAUUUUUUAAACGUAAUACAUCCUACAACAAAGCACGGAGCACUGUUGACAGCGGUGCGGCGUCCUCGCAUUAACUUUUAUGUUGCAGUGGUCCGCAAAAAAUAAAAAAAUGCGGGUAACAAAAGUACAAUUAGGAUAACAGGAGCUGAAGUAUGCAGGCUUUGAAUUGUCAAGUCUCGUAGUAGCCUAUGUUGAAGCUUCAUUGAGAUGUCACAAAACUACGCUUGUUUUUGUGGGAAAUCAUCAAAAAUGUUAUUUAACAUUGAAUAUGAAAGCAUACAUCAAAAUCUGAAAAUAAUAUAGGCCUAUGUCACGUAUCAAAAUAGAUAGCUAUCAUACCUCAAUGUUGUUAGUCUAAAUGUCCUGCGGAUUUCAGCAUUUCAGGUGGGCUACAUAUAAAAUCAGACAGCGCGGCAUAUGAGGAAGACGCUUGAGGUGAAUUACAGCUGCUCGUGUUAUAUUUAUAGGAUAGCCUAUAUGUCCUAAUCAAUUAUAAAUAUUGCUUUCCAAUUAUUUAAUUUACACACAAUGUAACAGAAAGAUAGCCUACAUGUACUGUAUAGGCUAUAGCUUGAUGACUAGGCGGCAGGUAGCCUAGCGGUUAAGAGCGUUGGGCCAUUAACUGAAAGGUCGCUGGUUCGAAUCCCCGAGCCGACGAGGUGAAAAAUCAGUCGGUGCCCUUGAGCAAGGCACUGAACCCCAAUUGCUUCAGUAAGUCGUUCUGGAUAAAAGCAUCGGCUAAAUGACUCAAAUGUAUAAGGACUUGUCACAAAGCUUUUUUGCCCUAAGCGACCACUUUUUAUCUCGCACCUCCAUUGAUUUUGUUCCCAUAAUGUUGGCAAUUCUACAGGGGGAAACAACUAUAACUUUGGAUCGGAUACAGUUUUGACCAUUGGUUUUCUGAAAUGAUUAUCUACUCAGUGAACAUAUUCCUCCCAUACCCCUUGGUCCCCAAAAAUAUUUUUGAUUGGACACCCUACUUUUUACGUUGAAUAUGAUCCGAGAUUGCCAUCGAGUAGGCCGACAGUAAAUACACUCAAGACGGUAUUUACUGAAAAAAGGGUAAGUGAAAUGAUAUAAGGAAAUACAUGUAUCCUAGGCAACUGUAAGACUACACCAACGUGGCAGGUAGGCCUAAUCGUGGUUAUGACUUGGGGUUGCGAGCGAUAAUGGAUAGAUAGUCUAUUUAUUUAGCUGGAUGCAAAUGAGAAAAAUUGUGACCGGUUCAUUAAAGCGUUACAGAGCUUGGAGAAUCGCAGGUUUAAUUUGGUGCCACUGUAGGCUUGUCGAGUGGUUAGAUUAUGAUGUCAUAGACACUUCAGAUCCUGGUUAAAUUUGUGUAAGUAUGGUCAUUUUAUUUGUAAUUUAAAAAAAAUAUAUUUCAACAUUCACAAUGAAAUCCUGAUUGGCGAUGACAAUGGACAUCUUCAUGUCAGUAGCGUAGCCAUUCAUUUGUUCAUGGGUGGGACUAUGGAAUAUUGGGUGGGCCAGAACUGAAGCGAUUCAACUAAUCUACGCUCUAAAAUGUAAAUUGUGCAUGACGACACAGACUACUGUACCCAAACACACAGCCAACGCAACCUUUGGUCAGUAAUUGUGGUCAAUAGUUGUGUGAUUCAGUAGUUCUGUGGUUGUGGUCAGUAGUUGUGUGGUUGUGGUCAGUAGAUGUAGUCAGUAGUUGUGUUGCUCAGUUGGUAGAGCAUGGCACUUGCAACGCCAGGGUUGUGGGUUCGAUUCCCACGGGGGGCCAGUAUGAAAAAUGUAUGCACUCACUAACUGUAAGUCGCUCUGGAUAAGAGCGUUUGCUAAAUGACUAAAAUGUAAAUGUGUGGUUGUGGUCAGUAGUUUGCCAGUAGUUGUGUGGUCAGUAUAUGGCUAUGACAGUCUUGGAAUUUGAGGUUACGGUAAUUGGCCAUACCAAUGUACAUGGUCACCGACAUAAACGUUCAGGGGGUGAGGUCAAAAAGGGUAGGUCACAAUUCUGUUUGUACACUUGUUUACAUGGAUAUGCUUAAUAAAACCUAUUUAAAACAAGCCAUUACACUUCGUUAUUAUCAUGGCAUUUCAUUGUUAUUAUUCAGGUUAUUACUUAUAAAUAUGAAUCAACAAAUUAAGAAAUGCCAGGUUGAAGAGGAUCUGUCGCAUUUUCGUAUUGACACAACAUUAACGGAGUCAAAAUCAAGAUAUAUGCCUUCCUUGUCUGUUGGCUUUUCUGCAUAUAAAAAAUAAAAUACGGAUCCUAUUUCGAUGCACAAAACCAUUCAAACAAAGUCUGAUGGGUUUUCUCCCACUUUUCCCGAAAUAUUUGCAUAACGUCACAAACCCUGCUGCUGUGGUCAUUCGAUGGCAGUGGCCAUAAUGAGAGAAAUAAUGUAGCCUAAGUUACUGAAAAUAGGCCUUUUACAAGAUUAAAUCAUGACAGGAGCGUUUGAUUCUUAUUAAAGAGAUGGAGUCCAGACAGGCUACUUUAGGAAACUUUCUGAAUGGACACACAGUAUAGGCCUAGAGAGAGAAUCAGCAAACUCACACAUGCACACCCCCAUAAAAGCACCCGUCAAUUAAAGCCACCAGCGUAUGUCAGACACGAGCAAAUAUUUAUCCUUUCCUUAAAAAGUAUUAAAAACCCUAGGCCUACCUUAGGUUUUCCAAAAAUAGGCUAUAAGAUAAUGAAUUGACAAUGAAAGUAUGAAUGGGACAGCUAUGCGAUAAUAUGAAGAUUAAAUUGACAAUCAUUAAAAUAGAAACAAAUACAUGCAACAUGUCCAUAGCCUAUCAGCGACGCUGAUAAUCGAGGUCGGAGAGUGUUGAAAAUAUUUUUCAAAUACUGUGAGGAACUAUUAUAAUUCGAAUGGAUGAAAAAAAAACAGUUGUACUCCGAAUUGUCCCAUUAUCCCAACUGUUACACUGGGAAGAUUAAACGACUGCUAGUUUUUUAGCGGUCAUUCAGUCUUCUCGGUGUAACAGUUGGGAUAAUGGGACAAUUCGGAGUACAACGCAUUUCUCAUCCCUGGAUUGAAGUACGUUUUCCGAGACCUAUCUCGCGCCGGCUCCGUGGUGUCUAGGUCUACACAGUAAGCCUGUUCGACCCUAGUGCAGCUGUAAGCAAGCAGGUUGGAUCUGCUGGCUAGUCAGGUGGGAAAAUGAAUAGCUAACUAGUAACUAGAUAUAUUGUAUGGAGCUGGCUGAUUUCUUAGCAAGAUAGCUAAUGAAUUUAUAUUUAAAAUCAAACCUGGGCCGCCCUCAACAGAACACAAUGGUGUGCAAAGUUUGAUUCAUUGGAAACAGUGCUGUCCUGAACAUUGUGAUUAUCGAUUGUGUACGGUGGGCUGCAUGAGUUUUGCGAUUUCAAAUGCUCACACCCAUAUUGUUCAGGCCACACCCACCAAACGGGAGCAAACACACCUCAGACUGGUGAAGAACAGUGCGCAACGUUUGGAGGAAACAUGUUGUCCAGUACACAGCCGUCACGCAACUUAGUAAAACGUUUAAUUAACUGAACGCACCCCAGGAUAGAUGUGUGACAACUAACAUCAAGCCCCUUUAACUCAAGAGCCUUCAUAGCCUGAUGACUGACAAAUGAUGAGCAGUAUAAAACCUGUCAUGUUUCUUCACCCCAACAGGAGGCUGUGGAGACUGGUGUGCAUCUGGACCCCUCUCUCAAAGAGGUCACCUACAACCCCACAUAUGAAACCAUGUUUGCACCAGAGGUAAAAUGUUUCAUAGUAAUAUUUUACUCAAGAAAACUGCCAUACAUCAUUCUAAUGAAUGUACCUACCUAACUGUACCUACCGAACAUCAAUUUUGCGCUGUGUUCACUCAUACAUGUUUAUUUUCUCCUAGUUUGGUCCUGUCAACCCAUAUAGAAGUCAACAGAUGGCUGCUCCCAGGAAUAUGCUGUCUGGCUAUGCAGAGCCUGCUCACGUCAAUGACUUCAUGUUCGAACAGCAGAGGAGGACCUUCUCCACCUUUGGUAAGUUAGUGUAAGAGUAGGAUCAUCUGUGACUGUAGCCUAUGUGACCAGAAUAGACCUUAUUCACACCACGGCCAUUGUCUAUGAUAGAACGUUCAGCUGUGAAUAAGGUCUAGUGAAGAGGUCAAUCUUCCUUUCACCUUGAAUCUAACGUUUUGGGGCUUUAGGGGAAUGUAGCAUCUUGGUUAUUUUAUUCACUUGUCAUUCGCUUUUGCUUUCAGGCUAUGCUCUGGAUCCGUCUGUGGACACAACAAGCCAGAAUUCCUCCAAUAGCUACAUCGGUGCAGUGGACGAGGCAGAGAAAAAGAAAGGUAAUCCUUCAUUUCCUACUCUUUGUGUUUUGUUGGGGUGCAUUGCUAGCCGGUAAGGGGGAUGUUUUGAAACUUAAUGGAAAGCUGUGGAAGUGUGUAGUGUGGUCAUUGUUCUCCAUAGAACUUGGUGAAAGAAAGAGCAUAAUGUUACAGUUUCUCUUGUGUUUCUCCUCUCGUAGGAUUGACUGUGUUUGAGGUUGGCCCAAAAAAACAUGACAAGAGGAAAAAGGUGCAAGGAGGUGAAUCGGAUGACAUUGACAAUUACCUCGGGCCCUGGGCGAAAUACGUGGACGAAAAGGACGGCGCCAAACCAUCAGAGGUAAUCAAUUAAUCAAUCAUUCAAUACCGUGUGAAGUUCCUCAAAGCAAUAAGGAUGCUUAUAUUAUAUAGGAGCAUGAUUAUUUAGACUUAACUGUUUUUUCCUCAUGUAGAGAUAUGGUCUGAUUCUAACUGAUUGUUGUCUGCUGAUUGGUCUGUAGGAGGAACAGAAGGAGCUGGAUGAGAUCACAGCCAAGAGGCAGAAGAAGGGAAGGAAUGAGGAAGAAGCUCCGGCCGAGGAGAAGACCAUUCUCCAUGGUAACUAACACACUCAUCUCAACCCUUACUAAUUACAUAACUAAACUGUUCAGCAUUCACUCAGAUGAGAAGAAAAAUUGCUGUAGCCCUGUAUGUAGGAAGUCCUCAGUCUUACUGUAUACAGUAUCUCCUCUGUGUCUCCAGUUAAAGACGCGUAUGACUACCAGGGGAGGUCUUACCUCCACGUACCCCAAGACGUGGGCAUCAACCUGCGUACUGCAGACAUACCAGACAAGUGUUACCUGCCCAAGAAACAGAUCCACGUCUGGACUGGACACACCAAGGUGAGUUGUGUGUGUGUGUGGACACCUUCGGACUCCAGUGUUUCCCCUAGGAUUUUUUUCAGCAGCGGUGGAAGAGUUAAGUGGGGGUGGUCUUCCUGGGGCAUACAUAUCUACAUUUUUAUUCUUUGUUAUGCAGUGGCGGCCACAAUUUAGCAAAUGCAUAUAGGGGAAACACUGGACUCAGAUGAGUGCUGUAACACUCCGGUCACUCUGGGUUGGGGUUUAGCUAUUGUGUGACUGUGAUACACACUUUACAGUGUCUGUCAUCUUUACAUGAGGGAAAUGUGUGUGUGUGUGAGCAAAAGAUGGAGAGGAAGACAUUUCUGGUUCAGCAGACUGAGUGUGGAGAAGAUGUGAACCUGCCUUUGGUUCUGCCUGUCUGCGGUAGCGAGAGAGCGGGGAGAAUCGCUCAGGGCUUCCAUCCCACAUACUGGAACAGUUGCAUACCAAGAGCCUAAUUGAAAAGCUAGAGGAAUAAAAAAGGAAGCAUGCUAGUGGGCUUCUGGUGGAAAGAUAGAGGAUGGAUGGAGAGACUGGUAGAUGGUUUGAUAAUUUAGAGACGUUUUCUGUUAACCUCAUUGUGAUUUGAGGAAUAUCCUGCACGGGGGAUGCCAUGAGCAACAUGUCUUGGCAUAAAUGAGUGUGCAGCAAGGCAUAAAUGCCUGAUAUCUGCCUCUGUAGAAUUAGCAUUCAAGGAGGAUGUCCUCUCUUACUGCUGUGCUGCUAGCCAUAGGGCAGGCUAAGUUUAAUCUCUCUCUCACACACACACUGAACUGUUGAUGGGUAGGGGAUCAGUGCUGUCCAAGACCAGUUGUUAGUGAGUAUUAUCACACACACGCAGUGUGUCAGUGAGGUGUUGAUGUUGCCAGAGGGGUGACUGUGCCCUUGAUGAAACAUUAACAAACUCCCAAAGACCAAGGGAUAAUUAUGACCAGAGGCAAAUAUUAAAGAUGCACUGAACCCUUUUAGAACUCCAGCACCUGCUGUUUCUGAAAUGGCAAAAUAAGGAUUGUUCUGGCUCUGUGGGAAUACAGACAAAAGAUAAGACACCACGUUACACUGUUAAGCAUGGGUGUCGAAUUCAUUCCAUGGAGGGCCUAGUGUCUGCAGGUUUUUCCUUUCAAUUAAGACUUAGACAACCAGGUGAGGGGAGUUCCUUACUAAUUAGUGACCUUAAUUCAUCAAUCAAGUACAAGGAAGGAGUGAAAACCCGCAGACACUCGGCCCUCCGUGGAAUGAGUUUGACACCUGUGCUGUUAGUGGAACUGACAUCGUUUUAACUACUUUGCAGAUAUGAAACAGACAAUCAUAAUAUCAGUCAAAAAUAUCAAAUUCGCAGUUUAUGCUACAAAACCAACUUUAUAAGAGGUUUUACAAAUAGGUUCUAUUUAGCUCAACAUUCCAUGACGUACACUAAGGGAUUGUUGGCGGAAUAGAUGGAUUCAGUUCAAUGCAUGAUUAAUAUAAUGAACCAAUGCAUUUCUUGGUAGUCCAAAUAAUAUUACUAUCAGGUUGUAAAUCACAGCUGGCCUGGUACAUUGUUUGCUGCCUCCAUUCGGGAUGCACUGUUUCUCUUUCAAUUACUCAAUAUUUUGGACAAAAACGGACGAACCGACACUUUAGCCAGUUAGCUCGAGUGCUUGGUUGGGAUAAGCAUGCAUUGGCAGGCAUGCUGCAAAAGGACGAGGAGGCUACAAUUCCCCAUCAUUUAUCAGUGCAAUUUUGAUGGCCAACUAGCUGAAAAAGUUUGGGAAGGUUUAUCUAAUGUUCCUUCGUUAGAUUUUAGCUCAUCUUGCUCUGGCUAGCAUUAAUUGUUGAUCUUGUUGAUGUGCAUAAUUGAGGGAGAGAGAGCCUACCUUUUCAUGGUUGUUUGAUCAAUAGGACUAUAAAGUUCUCAAAUGUAAGAGGACUCCCGUGGUAUUUAGAUAUUUGCAGAAAUCCAUUCAGGUGUAUUUUGUGGCUUUUGGCAAAUGCGUUCUAAUGAUCUAAAGUCCCACUGUUGCUACUGCCUGCAAACACACAGUCCAGUCUGAAGUGAAUGAUGGCAGGCCUGUGUGGCAAAUGGCUUGUUCGCGUAAAGGCCUACUGUAGCUCUGAUAGGCUAUGGCGCACCGGUCUGCGUAGACUCCGGUCCUGGACGAGACAGAUGUUUUAUUUCCUGCAGUGUCUAUUAAUUGUCCAAACGCACGGCCGCUUUCCCACUUUGUAUUGUUUUCACAAAUGCCUUAGUGUACGUACAGUGGGGGAAAAAAGUAUUUAGUCAGCCACCAAUUGUGCAAGUUCACCUGUAAUUUUCAUCAUAGGUACACGUCAACUAUGACAGACAAAUUGAUAAAUUUUUUCUCCAGAAAAUCACAUUUUAGGAUUUUUAAUGAAUUUAUUUGCAAAUUAUGGUGGAAAAUAAGUAUUUGGUCACCUACAAACAAGCAAGAUUUCUGGCUCUCACAGACCUGUAACUUCUUCUUUAAGAGGCUCCUCUGUCCUCCACUCGUUACCUGUAUUAAUGGCACCUGUUUGAACUUGUUAUCAGUAUAAAAGACACCUGUCCACAACCUCAAACAGUCACACUCCAAACUCCACUAUGGCCAAGACCAAAGAGCUGUCAAAGGACACCAGAAACAAAAUUGUAGACCUGCACCAGGCUGGGAAGACUGAAUCUGCAAUAGGUAAGCAGCUUGGUUUGAAGAAAUCAACUGUGGGAGCAAUUAUUAGGAAAUGGAAGACAUACAAGACCACUGAUAAUCUCCCUCGAUCUGGGGCUCCACGCAAGAUCUCACCCCGUGGGGUCAAAAUGAUCACAAGCACGAGCAAAAAUCCCAGAACCACACGGGGGGACCUAGUGAAUGACCUGCAGAGAGCUGGGACCAAAGUAACAAAGCCUACCAUCAGUAACACACUACGCCGCCAGGGACUCAAAUCCUGCAGUGCCAGACGUGUCCCCCUGCUUAAGCCAGUACAUGUCCAGGCCCGUCUGAAGUUUGCUAAGUGCAUUUGGAUGAUCCAGAAGAGGAUUGGGAGAAUGUCAUAUGGUCAGAUGAAACCAAAAUAGAACUUUUUGGUAAAAACUCAACUUGUCGUGUUUGGAGGACAAAGAAUGCUGAGUUGCAUCCAAAGAACACCAUACCUACUGUGAAGCAUGGGGUGGAAACAUCAUGCUUUGGGGCUGUUUUUCUGCAAAGCGACCAGGACGACUGAUCCAUGUAAAGGAAAGAAUGAAUGGGGCCAUGUAUCGUGAGAUUUUGAGUGAAAACCUCCUUCCAUCAGCAAGGGCAUUGAAGAUGAAACAUUUUACAUUUACAUUUUAGUCAUUUAGCAGACGCUCUUAUCCAGAGCGACUUACAGUUAGUGAUUACAUUAUUAUUUUUUUAUACUGGCCCCCCGUGGGAAUCGAACCCACAACCCUGGCGUUGCAAACGCCAUGCUCUAUCAACUGAGCUACAUCCCUGCCGGCCAUUCCCUCCCCUACCCUGGGCCAAUUGUGCGCCGCCCAUGAGUCUCCCGGUCGCGGCUGGCUGCGACAGAGCCUGGAUUCGAACCAGGAUCUCUAGUGGCACAGUUAGCACUGCGAUGCAGUGCCUUAGACCACUGCGCCACUCAGCAUGACAAUGAUCCCAAACACACCGCCCGGGCAACGAAGGAGUGGCUUCGUAAGAAGCAUUUCAAGGUCCUGGAGUGGCCUAGCCAGUCUCCAGAUCUCAACCCCAUAGAAAAUCUUUGGAGGGAGUUGAAAGUCCAUGUUGCCCAGCGACAGCCCCAAAACAUCACUGCUCUAGAGGAUAUCUGCAUGGAGGAAUGGGCCAAAAUACCAGCAACAGUGUGUGAAAACCUUGUGAAGACUUACAGAAAACCUUUGACCUGUGUCAUUGCCAACAAAGGGUAUAUAACAAAGUAUUGAGAAACUUUUGUUAUUGACCAAAUACUUAUUUUCCACCAUAAUUUGCAAAUAAAUUCAUAAAAAAUCCUACAAUGUGAUUUUCUGGAUUUGUUUUUCUUAAUUUGUCUGUCAUAGUUGACGUGUACCUAUGAUGAAAAUUACAGGCCUCUCUCAUCUUUUUAAGUGGGAGAACUUGCACAAUUGGUGGCUGACUAAAUACUUUUUUCCCCCACUGUAUUUCCCAAACAUUCUACAAAUUUAUGAAAACGUGAAAAUGACCAUAUCUAAGUGCUCACUUGUCAGAAAAUGUUUUAAAAACUGAUUUUAAUAAGAUUUCAUGUUGCUAAAAUGCUUUCAGUUCAACUUUAAGAGUCACAUAAGAUGGUAUAGGGUUAUGUUACUAUGGUAUAAUACUACUGCUGUGCUGAGUGCUCCUUGCCUUGCUCUCUCAUCUCUCCUUACUCUCUAAUUCAGGGAUGGGCAACUCCAGUCCUCGGGCUGGAGUGGUGUCACACUUUUUCACCAUCCCUAGCAAACACAGCUGAUUUAAACUAAUUGCAUUCUAAACUGAAGAGCAUGAUUAGUUGAUUAUUGGAGUCAGGUGUGUUAGCUGGGACUGGGGCAAUAGUGUGACAUCAUUCAGGCCCCAGAGGACUGGAGUUGCCCAUACCUGCUCUAAUUCCUUGAGACAAUUAGCCUUCUAUAUAAGAGGAAUUAUAGCAAUACCAUACGCACACCUGCGAGCUCAUAGACAGGCAGAUUAUUAUAUUAUUCUAUUACGUCCAUUAACCUCUUUCUCUCGCUCUCUCUGCAGGGGGUCAGUGCUAUCCGUCUGUUUCCUGUGUCAGGUCACCUGCUGCUCUCCUGCUCUAUGGACUGUAAGAUCAAGGUAAGGAACACUCCUGCCACGCUGACAGUCCUGCCACGCUGACACACCAUUAAGUCCUCACUGAGGUGGUGAUUUACAACGAUCUUCUUCUUCUAUAUCUCCUCUCAUGUCCCCUUUCCUCUGCAUUAUUUUUUUCUCUUCAUAUUAAGUUAAACGAUAUCUCUCUCUGCUCCAUCUCUCUUUUCUCCCUCUUCUUGACUGAGACAAACUAACUUGUAUUUUUGGAGAAGGAGACUCUUCUCUUACUCUCUGUUCCCUUCAUCCCUCCAUCUUUCCAUUUCUCUCUCCUUGGCUUAGCUGAGAGUGAUUCUAUCCUGUGGAUUUAGUUAUAAAGAUGUCUUUGGUCUCUCUGCGUGUUCCUGGUAGAACCAGGGACCUACUGGUUUUUAAUGAAGCGCCGUCUCAGAUGAGCCCUGUGCUGGUUUCUGAUGAUACCCUCACUGUUUACCAGUGGGACUGGUGCUUCAGACACUGAACCAUGCUGGUCAAAACCAAUCAAAGGGUCACAGAGUGCUAUUGGCAGAAUCAGUUUUAAUCUUCUCUUCUCUCAUCCCUCUCUCCUCAGUUGUGGGAGGUGUAUAAUGAGAGGAGGUGCGUACGGACGUUUAUCGGUAAGUGGACUAACUCUGUUUCCUGUUUCGCACUCUGUUUCUGUUAUUCAUGUGUUGUGCUACAAGGAUUACAAUGCCCCUUGGAUUAAGAGGAUAAGACCUUAGCUGAAACCACUAACUAGCCUAAGUCUUGUCAUCUCUUAAGGGUAUACAAAACCAAUUUGCAUUUCUUAAUCAAUCAAGCACAACUUCAAUAUUCAAUCUAUCCACCAGUACAAGUUAGUUAGAUUCCAAUUCAUCACACUCCUCUCCCUUGGCAGAUCUGAUUACACUGUUUCUGCCUAUAUCUGCUUUCUCUAAAUGAAGAUUGAACACUAAUUCAACGCUGAGCGAACGUGAGGCUGAACGUCGGGGGAAUAGAACAUAGGGUAGCUGUAAGAUGGUGUCAGAGCAUCGCGCUGGGCCACGUGGUCAGAGAGAGUGACAUCUCAUUACCCUGUUUCCAACUAUUCCUCAACUCUUGAUGUUGAGUCAGAAUGCUAAUUCAGAAUGAAUAGAACGUUAAUGGAACGUGGGCUGACACUAUUCGGGGUGGGGGUGUAAAGACGUGGAGUAGAUUUAAAAUGGCCUCAGACUUCUGGGAUAUGUUCUGAAUGGAAAUGGAACGUUAAAGGGAUACUUCAGGAUUUUGGCAAUGAGGCCCUUUAUAAACUUCCCCAGAGCCAGAUGAACUCGUAGAUACCAUUUGUGUGUCUCUGUGUCCAGUAUGAAGGAAGUUGAAUGUAGUUUCACAAGCCAAUGCUAACUAGCAUUAGCGCAAUGACUGUAAGUCUAUGGGUAUCUGCUAGCAUGUACAGUUGAAGUCGGAAGUUUACAUACACUUAGGUUGGAGUCAUUAAAACUCGUUUUUCAAACACUCCACAAAUGUCUUGUUAACAAACUAUAGUUUUGGCCAGUCGAUUAGGACAUCUACUUUGUGCAUGACACAAGUCAUUCUUCCAACAAUUGUUUACAGACAGAUCCUCAGCAAGGAAGAAGCCACUGCUCCAAAACCGCCUUAAAAAAGCCAGACUACGGUUUGCAACUGCACAUGGGGACAAAGAUCGUACUUUUUGGAGUAAUGUCCACUGGACUGAUGAAACAAAAAUAGAACUGUUUGGACAUAAUGACCAUUGUUAUGUUUGGAGGAAAAGGGGGUGGCUUGCAAGCCGUAGAACACCAUCCCAACCGUGAAGCACGGGGGUGGCAGCAUCAUGCUGUGGAGGUGCUUUGCUGCAGGAGGGACUGGUGCACUUCACAAAAUAGAUGGCAUCAUGAGGAAGAAAAAUUAUGUGGAUAUAUUGAAGCAACAUCUCAAGACAUCAGUCAGGAAGUUAAAGCUUGGUCGCAAAUGGGUCUUCCAAAUGGACAAUGACCCCAAGCAGACUUCCAAAGUUGUGGCAAAAUGGCUUAAGGACAACAAAGUCAAGGUAUUGGAGUGGCCAUCACAAAGCCCUAACCUCAAUCCUAUAAAUGUGUGGGCAGGACUGAAAAGGCGUGUGAGAGCAAGGAGGCCUACAAACCUGACUCAGUUACACCAGCUCUGGCAGGAGGAAUGGGCCAGAAUUCACCCAACUUAUUGUGGGAAGCUUGUGGAAGGCUACCCAAAACGUUUGACCCAAGUUAAACAAUUGAAAGGCAAUGCUACCAAAUACUAAUUGAGUGUAUGUAAACCUCUGACCCACUGGGAAUGUGAUGAAAGAAAUAAAAGCUGAAAGAAAUAAUUCUCUCUACUAUUAUUCUGACAUUUCACGUUCUUAAAAUAAAUUGGUGAUCCUAACUGACCUAAGACAGGGAAUUUCUACUAGGAUGAUAUGUCAGGAAUUGUGAAAAACUGAGUUUAAAUGUAUUUGGCUAAGGUGUAUGUAAACUUCUGACUUCAACUGUAGAUAAAGGGCCUCAUUGCUAAAAUCCCAAAGUAUCCCUUUAAUUUAGUGCUCAGUUAAUGUUAAUGGUAUGUGAAGGUUCCGCUGAGCGUUGAGGAUAGGAUUUGACUAGACAGUGGCAUGCAGCUGGGUAUUGGGACCUUCCCUCCCUCCAGGCUGGGUAUUAGGACCUUCCCUCCCUCCCUCCCUCCAGACUGGGUAUUGGGACCUACCCUCCCUCCCUCCAGACUGGGUAUUGGGACCUACCCUCCCUCCCUCCAGACUGGGUAUUGGGACCUACCCUCCCUCCCUCCAGACUGGGUAUUGGGACCUACCCUCCCUCCCUCCAGACUGGGUAUUGGGACCUACCCCCUCCCCCAGACGGUGUGGGACCUACCCCCCUCCAGACUGGGUAUUGGGACCUACCCUCCCUCCCUCCAGACUGGGUAUUGGGACCUACCCUCCCUCCCUCCAGACUGGGUAUUGGGACCUACCCUCCCUCCCUCCAGACUGGGUAUUGGGACCUACCCUCCCUCCCUCCAGACUGGGAAUUGGGACCUACAUUCCCUCCCUCCAGACUGGGUAUUGGGACCUACCCUCCCUCCAGACUGGGUAUUGGGACCUACCCUCCCUCCCUCCAGACUGGAUAUUGGGACCUACCCUCCCUCCAGACUGGGUAUUGGGACCUUCCCUCCAGACUGGGUAUUGGGACCCUCCCUCCCUCCAGACUGGGUAUUAGGACCUUCCCUCCCUCCCUCCAGACUGGGUAUUGGGACCUACCCUCCCUCCCUCCAGACUGGGUAUUGGGACCCUCCCUCCCUCCAGACUGGGUAUUGGGACCUACCCUCCCUCCCUCCAGACUGGGUAUUGGGACCUUCCCUCCCUCCCUCCAGACUGGGUAUUGGGACCUUCCCUCCCUCCCUCCCUCCAGACUGGGUAUUGGGACCUACCCUCCCUCCAGACUGGGUAUUGGGACCUACCCUCCCUCCAGACUGGGUAUUAGGACCUUCCCUCCCUCCCUCCAGACUGGGUAUUGGGACCUUCCCUCCCUCCAGACUGGGUAUAGGGACCCACCCUCCCUCCAGACUGGGUAUUGGGACCUACCCUCCCUCCCUCCAGACUGGGUAUUGGGAACACCAUCCCAACCGUGAAGCACGGGGGUGGCAGCAUCAUGCUGUGGAGGUGCUUUGCUGCAGGAGGGACUGGUGCACUUCACAAAAUAGAUGGCAUCAUGAGGAAGAAAAAUUAUGUGGAUAUAUUGAAGCAACAUCUCAAGACAUCAGUCAGGAAGUUAAAGCUUGGUCGCAAAUGGGUCUUCCAAAUGGACAAUGACCCCAAGCAGACUUCCAAAGUUGUGGCAAAAUGGCUUAAGGACAACAAAGUCAAGGUAUUGGAGUGGCCAUCACAAAGCCCUAACCUCAAUCCUAUAAAUGUGUGGGCAGAACUGAAAAGGCGUGUGAGAGCAAGGAGGCCUACAAACCUGACUCAGUUACACCAGCUCUGGCAGGAGGAAUGGGCCAGAAUUCACCCAACUUAUUGUGGGAAGCUUGUGGAAGGCUACCCAAAACGUUUGACCCAAGUUAAACAAUUGAAAGGCAAUGCUACCAAAUACUAAUUGAGUGUAUGUAAACCUCUGACCCACUGGGAAUGUGAUGUAAGAAAUAAAAGCUGAAAGAAAUAAUUCUCUCUACUAUUAUUCUGACAUUUCACGUUCUUAAAAUAAAUUGGUGAUCCUAACUGACCUAAGACAGGGAAUUUCUACUAGGAUGAUAUGUCAGGAAUUGUGAAAAACUGAGUUUAAAUGUAUUUGGCUAAGGUGUAUGUAAACUUCUGACUUCAACUGUAGAUAAAGGGCCUCAUUGCUAAAAUCCCAAAGUAUCCCUUUAAUUUAGUGCUCAGUUAAUGUUAAUGGUAUGUGAAGGUUCCGCUGAGCGUUGAGGAUAGGAUUUGACUAGACAGUGGCAUGCAGCUGGGUAUUGGGACCUUCCCUCCCUCCAGGCUGGGUAUUAGGACCUUCCCUCCCUCCCUCCAGACUGGGUAUUGGGACCUACCCUCCCUCCCUCCAGACUGGGUAUUGGGACCUACCCUCCCUCCCUCCAGACUGGGUAUUGGGACCUACCCUCCCUCCCUCCAGACUGGGUAUUGGGACCUACCCUCCCUCCCUCCAGACUGGGUAUUGGGACCUACCCUCCCUCCAGACUGGGUAUUGGGACCUACCCUCCCUCCCUCCAGACUGGGUAUUGGGACCUACCUUCCCUCCCUCCAGACUGGAAAUUGGGACCUACCCUCCCUCCAGACUGGGUAUUGGGACCUACCCUCCCUCCCUCCAGACUGGAUAUUGGGACCUACCCUCCCUCCAGACUGGGUAUUGGGACCUACCCUCCCUCCCUCCAGACUGGGUAUUGGGACCCUCCCUCCCUCCAGACUGGGUAUUAGGACCUUCCCUCCCUCCCUCCAGACUGGGUAUUGGGACCUACCCUCCCUCCCUCCAGACUGGGUAUUGGGACCCUCCCUCCCUCCAGACUGGGUAUUGGGACCUACCCUCCCUCCCUCCAGACUGGGUAUUGGGACCUUCCCUCCCUCCCUCCAGACUGGGUAUUGGGACCUUCCCUCCCUCCCUCCCUCCAGACUGGGUAUUGGGACCUACCCUCCCUCCAGACUGGGUAUUGGGACCUACCCUCCCUCCCUCCAGACUGGGUAUUAGGACCUUCCCUCCCUCCCUCCAGACUGGGUAUUGGGACCUUCCCUCCCUCCAGACUGGGUAUUGGGACCCACCCUCCCUCCAGACUGGGUAUUGGGACCUACCCUCCCUCCCUCCAGACUGGGUAUUGGGACCUACCCUCCCUCCCUCCAGACUGGGUAUUGGGACCUACCCUCCCUCCCUCCAGGCUGGGUAUUAGGACCCUCCCUCCCUCCAGACUGGGUAUUGGGACCUACCCUCCCUCCCUCCUGACUGGGUAUUGGGACCUACCCUCCCUCACGACUGGGUAUUGGGACCUACCCUCCCUCACGACUGGGUAUUGGGACCUACCCUCCCUCCCUCCAGGCUGGGUAUUAGGACCCUCCCUCCCUCCAGACUGGGUAUUGGGACCUACCCUCCCUCCCUCCAGACUGGAUAUUGGGACCCACCCUCCCUCCAGACUGGGUAUUGGGACCUACCCUCCCUCCCUCCAGACUGGGUAUUAGGACCCACCCUCCCUCCAGACUGGGUAUUGGGACCUACCCUCCCUCCAGACUGGGUAUUGGGACCUACCCUCCCUCCCUCCAGGCUGGGUAUUAGGACCCUCCCUCCAGACUGGGUAUUGGGACCUACCCUCCCUCCCUCCAGGCUGGGUAUUAGGACCCUCCCUCCCUCCAGGCUGGGUAUUGGGACCUACCCUCCCUCCCUCCAGACUGGGUAUUGGGACCUACCCUCCCUCCCUCCAGACUGGGUAUUGGGACCUACCCUCCCUCCCUCCAGGCUGGGUAUUAGGACCCACCCUCCCUCCAGGAGGGGCUGUCAGAGGAGAUUGUUUUCCCUCAGCCGGGGUUCUGCCUGUCAGCUCCCUCAAACACCAUGUAUAAUUCAACAGCCCUGGGAGGGAGAGGGGGAUGUAGAGAGGGGAACAGAGGGCAAGAAAGAGUCGAAAUAGAGGUAUGGAGAGUGCGUGUGUUUUUAGGAAUGGAGCCUGUAUGAGUGCCAGGUCUGUACAGUGCCUGUGGGGUUUAGACUAGGAGUCUGUGCCGUUACAGUAAUGGCAUAGUACUGAAUCAGGCCCAGUAUCAACAUGCUGCCCAAUAUAGUCUUUACUUAUUUAAUACAUCAACAAGGAACUACGCUCUUUCUCUCUUUCCCUCUUUUUUUCUCUCUCAUUGAUUUCAAGGGGGGAUAUUUUUUAUGUUGCCCUUCAUUGCAAAUCGAAACCCAAUUCACUGUGCCUGCCCUGCCCUUGUCUUAUCUCUUAUCUUACUCAUUGUGAUCUCAAUAAAGCAGCAUAAUGAGAAAAAAACACAGCCUUUUAAUGUUGUUGGGAUUUGUGCCACAGCCACCAAUGCUCUUGAGAGAGAUAGGAGGGAGGUGCGCUCUAGCCAGGCAGCUCUAGCCAGGCAGCUCUAGCCAGGCAGCUCUAGCCAGGCAGCUCUAGCCAGGCAGCUCUAGCCAGGUGAGCCAUGGGAAGGCCUGGCUGGUGGACAUGCAGACUAGCCUCGACGGACCAUGUUAUCGCCACGGUAACAGUGUAGCGCUGAUAAAAGGCGGUCUUAAAGGGACAUUUCAAAAUGUUUCACCGUCAUAUUAAUCAUCUCCAGAACACACAUAGGGGAGGGGAUGAGAGAGAGGGAUGGAGGUAGGAAUAAGUGGAGACCAGGGGGAAGAGAUGAGUUGAGGGAGAGAGAGGAUGGAGAGAGAGAGGGAUGGAGAGAGAGGAUGGAGGGAGAGAUAGAGGGAUGGAGGGGCCUGUAUCAUCAUCUUCCUUGCCUUGAUCCUCCCUCUCUUCUCCACUUUGUCUUUCUCUCUCUUUCUUACCCUCUGUCUGUGAUUCUGAUAUUCCAACAAUGUGAUCUGACAGGCAGUGGGAUCAGGGGGCUAUGACAGAAUAACAGAACAGGAAGAAUAUGUGCAUAUGUAAUGUGUGAGUGUUUCUCUCUUGUCUCCCUCCAGGCCACAGUAAAGCGGUGCGGGAUAUCUGCUUCAACAACACUGGGACUCAGUACAUGAGUGCAGCCUACGACCGCUACCUCAAACUCUGGGACACAGAGACAGGUCGGUCCUGCCGCGGUUGUGGUGACCAGGAUAGAAAUGCCACGAACGUUCCACAACGUUGCAGCCUUCUGAAUGCAGCCCAGGCCUGGGGACUUUCACUGAACAGGACAGUCGUGGCCAUGAUAGAAAUGCCACGAAUAAAGCCGUCACGAUUACUUGCUUGACAUAGUCAGAGAAGCAUGUCAGUUGUUGUGCCCUACUGAAGGUGGCCAGCAUUGUGGGACAUUCAGAUAGAAAUGUGUUGUCUGUGGGUUCUACCAUAAGGACUAUGGAGGGUCUCUGCUCCCCCCGAAGAUAGAAAUGUGUUGUGUAGAUGUCGGUGGAGGCUGCUGAGGGGAGGAUGGCUCAUAAUAAUGGCUGGAAUGGAGUCAAUGGAGUGGUAUCAAACGCAUGGAAACCACUUAUUUGAUACCAUUCCAUUGACUCCAUUCCAGCCAUUAUUAUGAGCCGUCCUCCCCUAAGCAGCCUCCACUGGUAGAUGUUGGUUCUACCACAAGGAGCAGGGAGGGUCUCUGCUCCCCCAGCAGAGGGCAGUACAGAAACUAAUCCUCCAAUUGUUGCUCUGAAGGACCGCUGAAUUGUCAUAGCACCUUGUUUACUAGUCACUGAGCUGUAGGGUUAGGGCCCAUUCCAUUGACAUUUAGUCAACUUGUAUUGAUAAAUUGAAAAUGACCUAUUGUAAUGAGGAUUUUUCUCAUCAUCGAUUGCAUUGAAUAUACAAAUCUGAUUGGAUUGACAGAAUGCCACACCGGCAAGUUAUGGCUAGCUGUUGGUGGUGUUUCUGCCACAGAGAUUCUAUUAAUUCUAAUAUGUAAAUAUAUGGUUUCUGCACUAUAAUGAAGACACUGUGUGUUGCAGACCGUCAGUGUGGGUUGUUCUGAAACGUGUCAACUGUCCCUCCACAGGCCAGUGCAUCUCCCGCUUCACCAACAGGAAGGUGCCGUACUGCGUCAAGUUCAACCCAGACGAGGACAAGCAGAACCUGUUCGUGGCCGGCAUGUCUGAUAAGAAGAUCGUUCAAGUACUGUCAUCACACACACACACACACACACACACACACACACACACACACACACACACACACACACUCUACCUAGAGGCUGCUCAGUAUGAGACAGGAUUGUAUUUCAUGCUCCGUGGGCUCCUGUGUAGUGUGAGACUAGAACAAGGAAAAAUGCAGAGAGCGAGGACAGGACAGAGAAAGAAAGAACAGAAAGAGAGAUCUGUGAAAGAUAACAACUCACUGGGAACAGUCAAUUUGCUGGAAAAUAAUUAAACUGCUCCUGGAAUAAAUCAAUGUGUCUGUAAACGGGCAAUCGUCUGCCCCCUAAUUAAACUGUACUAUUGGUGUGUGUUCUAGUGUUUGUCUGUGACAGGAGUGUGUUGUGUAAUUAUUAUUCCCAUAGCUGUGUGUUUAACCUGUUUUCAAUUUGUAUUAAUUGACUUAUUUUCUCUCUCUCCCUCUCUCACCCCUUUCUCUCGCUCUCUCAGUGGGAUGCGAGGACAGGGGAGGUGGUUCAGGAGUAUGACCGUCACCUGGGCGCGGUCAACACCAUCACGUUCGUGGAUGAGAACCGCCGUUUCGUCAGCACGUCAGACGACAAGUCCCUCCGCGUGUGGGAAUGGUGAGUGACACAUAGACUGCUGAGGUUUUUAAAUCAGCACAGUUCUGAAAUGGAAAUGAUUCAACAACAUUGUUGAUGAGUCGCAUCAUAGCAUCACUCCUGGUAUUAUGCUUCAUUUACAUAAUAUACUGUAUCUCUGGCAUGUACAUUAGGGCCAACAGCUUGUCUUGACAGAAUUCUAGAUACCUCUGCAAACUGAACUUAUUGCCAAAGAGUAUUUAACAAGUGAUAAAGUGCAAAUGAGAGUAGUGGAGGAAUGUGUUUGGUUGACUGGGUUAUGGUGCUAUGGGUGGCUUGUCAUGGGAAGUUCAGUACUGUUGGUAUCGAUGAAAAGUCCUCUCGUCUUCUAGCUUGUCAUUUCAGGGUCUUACCUACCAGAUCUUAUUCCGCUUUCAUAUUUUUUUAUUCGCUUAUGACGUGUUUAGCUAGAUUAUUUUGUCAGGGCAAAAAAUGUUUUCAAGCCCGCCGAGAAUUAUUUGCAAGUUAGCUUGGUUCCCAUGGCGAUAAACACAUGCUGUUGUUUUUACCUCGCUAAGAUUAUAAUUCUUUAAGACCCGGUGACUAAGGACAUAAGUUUCAUAGGGAUUCUUGGAGGGACUGUUUUAUAAGAACAAUGCAUAUUCCUUGAAAUACCCCCCUUUUCCCAUCAGUCGUGUUCCUUUCUGUAAUAUCUGGUUGGUGUGUGUGUUUAAGCAGUAGGAUUGACUGGUAAGGAGAGGGUGCCAGGGAUGCCAGCUGUGGCUUUAAUAGUGAAGUCUGGAGAGAGAGUGGGCAUGGUCGCUGAGAAGGGAGCGUUAUGCAUUCUUGCUAGUAUGCCUAAUAUGGCUAUAUGUGAGUGAAGGGGUUGAAUGCGCCGCCACCUGUUUGGUCUCCGUUGCAGUUUUUACAGUUUAUUAGAGACACUGUACAGUUGUGGUCAAACAUUUUGAGAAUGACACAAGUAUUGGUCUUCACAAAGUUUGCUGCUUCAGUGUUUUUUGAUAUUUUUGUCAGAUGUUACUAUGGUAUAGUGAAGUUUAAUUACAAGCAUUCCAUAAGUGUCAAAGGCUUUUAUUGACAUUUACAUUACGUUUAUGCAAAGAGUCAAUAUUUGCAGUGUUGACCCUUCUUUUUCAAGACCUCUGCAAUCCCCCCUGGCAUGCUGUCAAUUAACUUCUGGGCCACAUCCUGACUGAUGGCAGCCCAUUCUUGCAUAAUCAAUGCUUGGAGUUUGUCAGAAUUUGUGGGGUUUUGUUUGUCCACCCGCCUCUUGAGGAUUGACCACAAGUUCUCAAUGGGAUUAAGGUCUGGGGAGUUUCCUGGCCAUGGACCCAAAAUGUCGAUGUUUUGUUCCCCGAGCCACUUAGUUAUCACUUUUGCCUUAUGGCAAGGUGCUCCAUCAUGCUGGCUAAGACAUUGUUCGUCACCAAACUGUUCUUGGAUAUUUGGGAGAAGUUGCUCUCUGAGGAUGUGUUGGUACCAUUCUUUAUUCAUGGCUGUGUUCUUAGGCAAAAUUGUGAGUGAGUCCACUCCCUUGGCUGAGAAGCAACCCCACACAUGAAUGGUCUCAGGAUGCUUUACUGUUGGCAUGACACAGGACUAAUUGUAGCGCGCACUUUGUCUUCUCCGGACAAGCUUUUUUCCGGAUGCCCCAAACAAUCAAAAGGGGAUUCAUCAGAGAAAAUGACUUUACCCCAGUCCUCAGCAGUCCAAUCCCUAUACCUUUUGCAGAAUAUCAGUCUGUCCCUGAUGUUUUUCCUGGAGAGAAGUGGCUUCCUCGCUGCUCUUCUUGACACCAGGCCAUCCUCCAAAAGUAUUCGCCUCACUGUGCGUGCAGAUGCACUCACACCUGCCUGCUGCCAUUCCUGAGCAAGAUCUGCACUGGUGGUGCCCCGAUCCCGCAGCUGAAUCAACUUUAGGAGACGGUCCUGGCGCUUGCUGGACUUUCUUCACAACAAUUGAACCUCUCUCCUUGAAGUUCUUGAUGAUCCGAUAAAUGGUUGAUUUAUGUGCAAUCUUACUAGCAGCAAUAUCCUUGCCUGUGAAGCCCUUUUUGUGCAAAGCAAUGAUGACGCACGUGUUUCCUUGCAGUUAACCAUGGUUAACAGAGGAAGAACAAUGAUUUCAAGCACCACCCUCCUUUUAAAGCUUCCAGUCUGUUAUUCUAACUCAAUCAGCAUGACGUCCAGCCUUGUCCUCGUCAACACUCUCACCUGUGUUAACGAGAGAAUCACUGACAUGAUGUCAGCUGGUCCUUUUGUGGCAGGGCUGAAAUGCAGUGGCAAUGUUUUUUUGGGAUUAAGUUCAUUUUCAUGGCAAAGAGGGACUUUGCAAUUAAUUGCAAUUCAUCUGAUCACUCUUCAUAACAUUCUGGAGUAUAUGCAAAUUGCCAUCAUAAAAACUGAGGCAGCAGACUUUGUGAAAAUUAAUAUUUGUCAUUCUCAACUUUUGACCACGACUGUACUUGUUAGCUUUUAUGAUAGAAUGUGCUUGUUAGGGUUAGUGUUGUCACAAUACCAGGAUCUUUACUUCGAUGCCAGGUUUAGUAUCACGAUACUCAAUAACAAAAACAAAGGCGUAUUAGCCAAAGUCACAGAAUGGCACUUGAUCCAGACAUAUAAACUCAGCUUCUGCUGUGUUCAAUGUGUUGGGCAUCUUUUGAGUUCAAUGUCAUUACAUUUGAAAAUGUAGUAUUUAAAAAAUUUUGGGGACAGCCAUGGAUGCAAUAAUGAAUCAAUUAUACAAUCAAUUUGACUUUGGUAAAAACAAUCUAACUACAAAACGACAAUGGUAAUAAUUUAUUUGAAUGGUGAAUCUUUAUGAUAAACAAGAUGUAGCCUAGGUCUAUUCACAAAACAGGUGAAUGCAUAUUAUUCAAUAGGAGUGUCUGCAUGCAUUGAAUUAUUGAGCUUGUAGCUGAUUUCAUGAGGCUACAGAUGACAAACAAUCCCUCCCAUUUAGGACUUAUUUGAUUGGCAACUGCUUGGAUUAUUUUAUUGUACUGAUUAACAACAUUUGCAUAGAAGAAGCAAUCUCUUCUUUUAUAAAAGUGUGUGCUGUCUCUUUAAGAAAGUAAUGACAUCAUUCACUGAGGCAGAACAUGGCUAUGGAAUCUAGUGGAAACCAGACUGGAGGCAAGGUAGACGAAGAAGUUAAUUUGUUUUUGUUGGCGAGGGAGUCUAAGUGAAUUAAUAAAGUUUUGGGUGACAAACAGCUUUACAAUUAGCAUAUUUUUUGUUAUGGUUAUCAUAUUAUCAUAAACAAAGUACUAAUAAUAAUAAUAAUAUGCCAUUUAGCAGACGCUUUUAUCCAAAGCGACUUACAGUCAUGCGUGCAUACAUUUUUGUGAAUGGGUGGUCCCGGGGAUCGAACCCACUACCUUUUGCGUUUCAAGCGCCGUGCUCUACCAGCUGAGCUACAGAGGACCACUAGGGUAGUGAAUUGUUUGCUUCAGCUGUAAGCUAGCAAGGAAAGUUAGCCUACAAUUAAAGCUGGAAGCUACUGGUAUAGUCUUGCAUUGUAAAAGUGUUCUAGCCUGUAUGGACAUUGUUUUGCGAACAGUAAUGAACAGUUUCAACAUUUCUACAUGCCAUGUUGCAUUAUAGAAAGUGUGUUAAACCUAUCAGUCCCGAGCCCUCAGCAAAAAUCGGCUUUUCAUUUAUCUGACUUCCAUUUAUCUGCAUGUCCAGCCCCUUUAUUUAGCCACACAAUGAAAUGAUUUACCAUGUUAUUUUCAGGACAACCAGGGCUACAAGUAGAACAUAAAACUAUUCGACAUAAACAGUUGCAUUCAUGAGUUUUUUAUUGACAAAUGUCAAUAAUAGAAAUAAGGUCCACCAAAGCAAAAACCUGAUAAAAAUGAAUUUAUAUGAAUGCUGUAAGUACAGAAGGGGUAUGCUCAGUGGGAAAUUAAUAUCCAACUAGUCAGUGACCACUGUGUGGAGUUUGAAGUUUGUGACAGCAACUAUGUGAGCCUGUUACAGCAUUAUAGACUCUAGGUCCUUGGAUUUCCUAUGAUCUUAUAUGUAGAAGAACCCCUUUUAACGACGCUUGUGAGUGUCUUAGAGCAAAACAUGUUACAUGUUACAUGUUCGUGAGAGUCUCAGCUUUUCAUAGAUAGAUUUUAAUAGUUUGUAGCUCUACAGAUGUUUUUGUAAAAAUGACCCGGCCCCAGGCCCCUUCUGGAUCCGUAUCACAAACACUUCUUUAGCUCAGCCUCACACAGACUAGUGGAUGCAAAAGAAAUCGAUGAAUCCAAUGGUACAACCCAUAAGUCUGUAGCUCAAACACACAAUGUUUAAAAGGCGGCAGGUUGCCUAGCGGUUGGUCCAGUAACCGAAAGGUCUCUGGUUCUAAUCUCUGAGCUGACUAGGUAAAUCUGUCAAUGUGCCCUUGAGCAAAGCACCUAACCCCAAUUGUGUCUGCUAAAUGACUAAAAUGUAAAAGGGGUAAGAAGUCCUAAAUCACGCUGUUGCGAUGGUGGGACUCAUUGGGUUAACUUCUAAGCAGCAUUUGUUUAUUUAUUUGGGUCCCCAUUAGCUUUUGCAGAAGCAUCAGCUACUCUUCCUGGUGUGUACAAAAAACACAAAACAUGACAAGUAACAAAAUACUCAUAGACAGGACAGUCACAAAUUUAAAAUACAAUGAUAUACAAACAACAAAACCCAAACAUUAUACAAACAAUACAAUGACAACAAAAUAAUGUGUGUUAGUGUGUCUGUGUUUGUCCCCUCACAGUCCCCGCCGUUUCAUGAGAUUGUUAAAGGUAAUUUUGCUGUAAUUGGAGUUGGGAGUUCCAUGUUAUCAUGGCUCUGUAUAAUACUGUGCGUUACCGUGAAUUGAUUUUGGACUUGGGGACUGUGAAAAGACCCCUGGGGGCAUGUCUUGUGGGGUAUGAAUGGGUGUCUAAGCUGAAUGUUAUUUGAUUAUGCAGACAAGCUGGAGUUUUCAUCACAGUAAUAUUUGUCAUGAGAACUAGUAGAUAAGCAGUUAAUCUCUUGUCAACCCACAACCAGAAAAGACUGGCAUGCCAGUGUGAUUUAGGAUGUUAUUUCUGUUUGUGCAGUUAAGGGAAAGGCGUGCUGCUCUGUUUUGAGCCAGCUGCAGCUUUGCUAGGUCUUUCUUUUGUGCACUUGACCAUAUUGGCGCCGGAGGGGAUGGCUGCCGUUUUACAGGCCCCUAACCAACUGUGCUAUUUUGUUAGCUGGCGGGGUUUUCCAUGCAUUGGCAGGACAGAGAAGCUAUGUCUGGUAAGAUGAGGGGCGGGGGUGUGUGUCUAUUUGUCAAUAACAGCUGGUGCGCGAUGUCUAAUAUUAAAGAAGUCUCAAGGUAUUGCUCGCCUGAGGUAGAGUACCUUAUGAUAAACUGUAGACCACACUAUCUGCGAAGAGAGUUGUCAUCUAUAUUAUUCGUAGCCGUCUAUUUACCACCACAAACCGAUGCUGGCAUUAAGACCGCACUCAACGAGCUGUAUAAGGCCAUAAGCAAACAAGAAAAUGCUUAUCCAGAUGCGACGCUCCUAGUGGCCGGGGACUUUAAUGCAAGCAAACUUAAAUCCGUUUGACCUAAUUUCUACCAGCAUGUCACAUGUGCAACCAGAGGAAAAACAACUAGACCACCUUUUAUUCCACACAAAGAUGCAUACAAAGCUCUCCCUCGCCCUCCAUUUGGCAAAUCUGACCAUAAUUAUAUCCUCCUGAUUCCUGCUUACAAGCAAAAACUAAAGCAGGAAGUACCUCGCACAAUACGGAAGUGGUCAGAUAACGUGGAUGCUACGCUACAGGACUGUUUUGCUAGCACAGACUGGAAUAUGUUCCGGGAUUCAUCCAAUGGCAUUGAGGAGUAUACCACCUCAGUCAUCGGCUUCAUCAAUAAGUGCAUCGACGAUGUCGUCCCCACAGUGACCGUACAUACAGUUGAAGUCGGAAGUUUACAUACACUUAGAAUGGAGUCAUUAAAACUCGGUUUUCAACCACUCUUGUUAACAAACUAUCGUUUUGGCAAGUCGGUUAGGACAUCUACUUUGUGCAUGACACAAGUAAUACACCAUGGGACCACGCAGCUGUCAUACUGCUCAGGAAGGAGACGCGUACUUUGGUGCGAAAAGUGCAAAUAAAUCCCAGAACAACAGCAAAGGACCUUGUGAAGAUGCUGGAGGAAACGGGUACAAAAGUAUCUAUAUCCACAGAAAAACAAGUCCUAUAUCGUCAUAACCUGAAAGGCCGCUCAGCAAGGAAGAAGCCACUGCUCCAAAACCGCCAUAAAAAAGCCAGAUCGUACCUUUUGGAGAAAUAUCGACUGGUCUGAUUAAACAAAACUAGAACUGUUUGGCCAUAAUGACCAUCGUUAUGUUUGGAGGAAAAAAGGGCUACUUGCAAGCCGAAGAACACCAUCCCAACCGUGAAGCACGGGGGUGGCAGCAUCAUGCUGUGGGGGUGCUUUGCUGCUGGAGGGACUGGUGCACUUCACAAAAUAGAUGGCAUCAUGAGGAAGGAAAAUUAUGUGGAUAUAUUGAAGCAACAUCUCAAGACAUCAGUCAGGAAGUUAAAGCUUGGUCGCAAAUGGGUCUUCCAACUGGACAAUGACCCCAAGCAUACUUACAAAGUUGUGGCAAAAUGGCUUAAGAACAACAAAGUCAAGGUAUUGGAGUAGCCAUCACAAAGCCCUGACCUCAAUCCUAUAGAAAAUGUGUGGGCAGAACUGAAAAAGCAUGUGCGAGCAAGGAGGCCUACAAACCUGACUCAGUUACACCAGCUCUGUCAGGAAGAAUGGGCCAAAAUUCAACCAACUUAUUGUGGGAAGCUUGUGGAAGGUUACCCGAAAUGUUUGACCCAUGUUAAACAAUUUAAAGGCAAUGCUACCAAAUACUAAUUGAGUGUAUGUAAACUUCUGACCCACUGGGAAUGUGAUGAAAGAAAUAAAAGCUGAAAUAAAUCAUUCUCUCUACUAUUAUUCUGACAUUUCACAUUCUUAAAAUAAAGUGGUGAUCCUAACUGACCUAAAACAGGGAAUUUUUACUAGGAUGAAAUGUCAGGAAUUGUGAAAAACUGAGUUUAAAUGUAUUUGGUUAAGGUGUAUGUAAACUUCCGACUUCAACUUUACAUAUCCAACCAGAAGCCAUGGAUUACAGGCAACAUCCGCAUCGAGCUAAAGGCUAGAGCUGCCGCUUUCAAGGAGCGGGACACUAAUCUGGACGCUUAUAAGAAAUCCGGCUACGCCCUCAGAUGAACCAUCAAACAGGCAAAGCGUCAAUACAGGAUUAAGAUUGAAUCCUACUACACCGGCUCUGACACUCGUCGGAUGUGGCAGGGCUUGAAAACUAUUACGGAAUACAAAGGGAAACCCCAGCCGCGAGCUGCCCAGUGACGCGAGCCUACCAGACGAGCUAAAUGCCUUUUAUGCUCGCUUCGAGGCAAGCAACACUGAAGCAUGCAUGAGCGCACCAGCUGUUCCGGACGACUGUGUGAUAACACUCUCGGUAGCCGAUGUGAGCAAGACUUUUAAACGGGUCAACAUUCACAAAGCCGCGGGGCAAGACGGAUUACCAGGACGUGUACUCAAAGCAUGCGCUGAUCAACUGGCAAGUGUCUUCACUGACAUUUUCAACCUCUCCCUGACCGAGUCUGUAAUACCUACAUGUUUCAAGCAGACCACCAUAGUCCCUGUGCCCAAGGAAGAGAAGGUAACCUGCCUAAAUGAUUACCGCCCUGUAGCCCUCACGUUGGUAGCCAUGAAGUGCUUUGAAAGGCUGGUCAUGGCUCACAUCAACAGCAUCAUCCCGGAUACCCUAGACCCACUCCAAUUCACAAAGCGCCUCAACAGAUCCACAGAUGACGCAAUCUCAGUCGCACUCCACACUGCCCUUUCCCACCUGGACAAAAGGAACACCUAUGUGAGAAUGCUGUUCAUUGAUUACAGCUCAGUGUUCAACACCAUAGUGCCCACAAACCUCAUCACUAAGCUAAGGACCCUGGGACUAAACACCUCCCUCUGCAACUGGAUCCUGGACUUCCUGACGGGCUGCCCCCAGGUUGUAAGGGUAGGCAACAUCACGUCUGCCACUCUGAUCCUCAACACUGGGGCCCCUCGGGUGCAUGCUUAGUCCCUUCCUGUACUCCCUGUUCACCCACGACUGUGUGGCCAAACACGACUCCAACACCAUCAUUAAGUUUGCUGACGACACAACAGUGGGAGGCCUGAUCACCGACAACGAUGAGACAGCCUAUAGGGAGGAGGUGAGAGAACUGGCCGUGUGGUGCCAGGACAACAACCUCUCCCUCAAUGUGAGCAAGACAAAGGAGCUGAUCGUGGACUACAGGAAAAGGUGGGCUGAACAGGCCCCCAUUAACAUCGACGGGGCUGUAGGGGAGCGGGUCGAGAGUUUAAAGUUCCUUGGUGUCCACAUCACCAACAAACUAUCAUGGUCCAAACACACGAAGACAGUCGUGAUGAGGGCACAACAACACCUUUUCCCCCUCAGGAGACUGAAAAGAUUUGGCAUGGGUCCCCAGAUCCUCAAAAAUGCACCCAAGUCAUUGACUGUUCUCUCUGCUACCACACGGCAAGUCUAGGACCAAAAGGCUCCUUAUCAGCUUCUACCCCCAAGCCAUAAGACUGCUGAACAAUUAAUCUAAUGGCCACUCAGACUAUUUACAUUGACCCCCUGAUCUCACUGAUCUAUAUACUACCCCACAAUGUCAAAAUUGAAUUGUGUUUUUAGAAAUGUUUACAAAUUAAUUAAAAAUGAAAAGCUGUAGUGUCUUGAGUCAAUAAUUAUUCAACCCUUUUGUUAUGGCAAGCCUAAAUAGGUUCAGGAGUAAAAAUGUGCUUAACAACUCGCAUAGUAAGUUGCAUGGACUCUGUGCAAUAAUAGUGUUUAACAUGAUUUUUAAAUGACUACCCCAUCUCUGUACCCCACACAUACAAUUAUCUGUAAGGUCCCUCUGUCGAGCAGGGAAUGUCAAGCACAGAUUAAACCCCAAAGACUAGGGAGGUUUUCCAGUGGUUCGCAAAGAAGGGCACAUAUUGGUAGAUGGAUAAAAAAUAAAUUAAAGCAGACAUUGAAUAUCCCUUUGAGCAUGGUGCAGUUAUUAAUUACACUUUGGAUGGUGUAUCAAUACACCCAGUUACUACAAAGAUACAGGAGCCCUUCCUAACUCAGUUGCCGGAGAGGAAGGAAACCACUCAGGGAUUUCACCAUGAAGCCAAUAGUGAUUUUAAAACUGAGUUUAAUUGUUGUGAUAGUAGAUAACUGAGGAUGCAUCAACAACAUUGUAGUUGCUCCACAAUACUAACAUAAAUGACAGAGUGAAAAUAGAGCCUGUACGGAAUAAUAAUAUUCCAAAACAUGCAUCCUGUUUGCAAUAAGGCACUAAAGUAAUACUGCAAGAAAUGUGGAAAAUAAAUUAUAUUUUUGUUCUGAAUACAAAGCGUUAUGUUUGGGGCAAAUCCAGCACAACACAUCACUGAGUACCACUUCAUAUUUUCAAGGAUGGUGGUGUCUGCAUCAUGUUAUGGGUAUGCUUGUCAUCAGCAAGGACUAGGGAGUGUUGUUAGGAUUUACAUUUUACAUUGUAGUCAUUUAGCAGACACUGUUACCCAGAGAAUCGAACCCACAACCCUGGCGUUGCAAGUGCCAUACUCUACCAAGUGAGCCACAUAAGACUAGGAUAAAAAUAAACAGAAUAAUGUAUUUUUUUAAAAACGGAAUAGAUCUAAGCACAGGCAAAAUCCUAGAGGAAAACUUGGUUCAGUCUGCUUUCCAACAUACACUGGGAGAGACAUUCACCUUUCAGCAGGACAAUUCCUUAAAAUACAAGGUCAAAAUUUACAUGUUCCUGAGUGGCCUAGUUACAGUUUUGACUUAAAUCGGCUUGAAAAUCUAUGGCAAGAAAAUGGCUGUCUAGCAAUAAUCAACAACCAACUUGACAGAGCUUGAAGAAUUUUAAAUAGAAUAAUGUGCAAAUAUUGUACAAUCUAGGUGUGCAAAGCUCUUAGAGACUUACCCAGAAAUACUCAUAGCUGUAAUCGCUGCCAAAGGUGAUUCUAACAUGUAUUGACUCAGGGGGUUGAAUACUUAUCUAAUCAAGAUAUAUUAGUGUUUUAUUUUCAAUUUGGGAAAAAAAGUUAGAAUUUUCCCUCCACUUUGACAGAGUAUCUUUUGUAGAUUGUUGACCUUUUUAUUUUUUUUAUUUUUUUUACAAUUAAAUCCAUUUUAAUCCCACUUUGUAACACAACAACAUGUAGAAAAAGUAAAGGGGUGUGAAUACUUUCUGAAGGCACUGUAUCUGUUAGAGAAGCUACCGUUGAAGAACACUGGGCUUUAUUGGAUAAAUAACUCCCACCAUGUCAUGGCAGGUGAUGUAAAGCCAUAGCAAGUGAGUUUUUUUCAAUAACAAUUCAUGAUCAAUAACAUCAAAGGCUGCACUGAAAUCUAACAAUACAGCUCCAACUAUCAUCUCAUUAUCCAUUUAUUUUAACCAAUAAUUUGUCAUCUGAGUCAGUGCAGUACAAGUUGAGUACCCUUCUCUAUGUGCAUGCUGAAAGUCAGUAGUUAACUUGUUCUCUGAACAAUAGCAUUAUAUUUGGUCAAACACAAUUCUCUCCAUAGUUUUUACUAAGAACAGGCAGCAAACUGAUUGGGCGGCUGUUAGAGCUUGCAGAUGGUGCUUUACAUUUUUUUUGUGUGUGACUAUUUUACUUUAGCUUCCUACCACGCCUGUGGACACACUCCUUUCAGGCUUUGGUUAAAGAUAUAGCAAAUAGGGGUGGCAAUACAGUCUGCUACCAUUCUCAAUAGUUUGACUCAUGGGUUAAGGUACUCAAGUCUUUUUCCAUUUUGUUUUAUGUCAUUUAUCUUGGUUUGGUAAUAUCAUUUAUUAUUUUUGUUAAAUUUAGUCACAAAAUGUCUCAAUUUACAUUAUGUCAACCAAUCAGCUGAGCAGCCUGACUUGUUUGCCUUCUCUUUUGCAUAAUUUCUGCAGCAUUAGUGAAGAUAUGAUGUCACCGACAUUAUCCAAAUACGCACUGUUAGCACUUGGUCGUCUAUAGCACCACCCCAUAAGAAGAGGCUUUAGAUGAGGCAGGUGAAUUUGCAACCACAACACUUCAACAACAUUUAACAUUAGAUCCUCUCUAAGCUUUACAGGAAUAUGGCUCUGAACAUAUACAUAUAUGUUAUCUGAUGUUAGCAAGCUAUUGAUUUCAUGAACCUUAUUUCUAUGGCUACAUACGCUGUGUACAAAACAUUAAGGACACCUGCUCUUUCCAUGACAGACUGACCAGGUGAAUCCAGGUGAAAGCUAUGAUCCCUUAUUGAUGUCACUUGUUAAAUCCACUUCAAUCAGUGUAGAUGAAGGGGAGGAGACAGGUUAAAGAAGGAUAUUUAAGUCUUGAGACAAUUGAGACAUGGAUUGUGUAUGUGUGCCGUUCAGAGGGUGAAUGGCCAAGACAAGAGACUUAAGUGCCUUUGAAAUGGGUAUGGUAGUAGGUGCCAGGUGCACUGGUUUGUGUCAAGAACUGCAACGCUGCUUGGUUUUUCACGCUUAACAGUUUACCGUGUGUAUCAAGAAUGGUCCACCACACAAAGGAGAUCCAGCCAACUUGACACAACUGUGGGAAGCAUUGGAGUCAACAUGGGCCAGCGUCCCUGUGGAACGCUUUUGACACCUUGUAGAGUCCAUGCCCCGAUGAAUUGAGGCUGUUCUGAGGGCAAAAGGGAGGGGGGGUGCAACUCAAUAUUAGGAAGGUGUUCCUAAUGUUUGGUAUACUCAGUAUAUAUUAAUAUGGGCUAUUCUUAGCCCUUUCCUGGGUAGCUUAUUGGAGAUAAGUCAAAUAAAAACAUUGUUUAGCCUAAUAGUCAGUCAAUCAGGCAGUGAGUGUCAGUUGGUGUGUGUGUGUGUGUGUGAUGUUGGGCUGAAGCUACUGACCCGGAAUCUUGGCUCUUUCACUCCUCCCAGGCUUUUGGGAGGGAGGGUGGACAAAUGAACUUGUCGUAGCGGCGGUAAACAAUGUCCACACGCUCUCUGGCUGCUUUCAUAGCUGGGAUAACUUCUUUCCACCUCUUGUGCACAGCUUCAGAGAAGUCCUCGUUGAGAUGUUGGUUCCUCUCAAGUUCUUGACUCUCUCCAGAACAGCCAUCUUGUCCUUGAACCUUAGAAACUUGACCACUAUCGGCCUGGGUCUGCCACCUGGGCUGGUUACAGGUUUUCCAGUCCUAUGGGGCGCUUCACCUCAAUUAUCCAUCUGCAGCUUUUCUGUGAUAAUUUUUCUCACUUUCUCCUCAGACUCCGUCCAGGUCUCAUGUGGAGACUGGGAUUCCAUCCACAACAAUGUUAUUCCUUCUGGAUUGUCCCUCUAGAUCAGGGAUCAUCAACUAGAUUCAGCCACGGGCCAAUUUUUUUUUCUUUCUUGAGGGAAUGGUCAGGGGGCCUGAACAUAAUAACAAAUAAUUUGUAGACUGCACAGGAGGUUGGUGGCACCUUAAUUGGGGAGGAACGGGCUCGUGGUAAUGGCUGGAGCGGAACAGGUGGAAUGGUAUCAAACACAUGGUUUCCAUGUGUUUGAUGUUUUCAUGUGUUUGAUGCCAUUCCAUUCGCUCCGUUCCAGCUAUUAUUGUGAGCAUCCUCCCCUGAGCAGCCUCUACUGGUAGACUUCAAACUGACCGCAAGAAGCCCAAACAGAUAUAACAUUUAUCUAAAACAUUAUCAUUUCAAACCUUGCUUACAUUUGUAUACGAUCACAUAUAUCUCUCUUUUAUACGGGGGAAUACUUUGGAACAGAUUUCCUAAAUUAAAAUCACUUGGAGCUGAUUUGCUGGUGUUUUUACAGUCUUAUGGCCAACUACAGUGGGGAGAACAAGUAUUUGAUACACUGCCGAUUUUGCAGGUUUUCCUACUUACAAAGCAUGUAGAGGUCUGUCAUUUUUAUCAUAGGUACACUUCAACUGUGAGAGACGGAAUCUAAAACAAAAAUCCAGAAAAUCACAUUGUAUGAUUUUUAAGUAAUUAAUUUGCAUUUUAUUGCAUGACAUAAGUAUUUGAUACAUCAGAAAAGCAGAACUUAAUAUUUGGUACAGAAACCUUUGUUUGCAAUUACAGAGAUCAUAUGUUUCCUGUAGGUCUUGACCAGGUUUGCAUACACUGCAGCAGGGAUUUUGACCCACUCCUCCAUUCAGACCUCCAGAUCCUUCAGGUUUCGGGGCUGUCGCUGGGCAAUACGGACUUUCAGCUCCCUCCAAAGAUUUUCUAUUGGGUUCAGGUGGCUGGCUAGGCCACUCCAGGACCUUGAGAUACUUCUUACGGAGCCACUCCUUAGUUGCCCUGGCUGUGUGUUUCGGGUCAUUGUCAUGCUGGAAGACCCAGCCACGACCCAUCUUCAAUGCUCUUACUGAGGGAAGGAGGUUGUUGGCCAAGAUCUCGCGAUACAUGGCCCCAUCCAUCCUCCUCUCAAUACGGUGCAGUCGUCCUGUCCCCUUUGCAGAAAAGCAUCCCCAAAGAAUGAUGUUUCCACCUCCAUGCUUCACGGUUGGGAUGGUGUUCUUGGUGUUGUACUCAUCCUUCUUCCUCCUCCAAACACGGCGAGUGGAGUUUAAACCAAAAAGCUCUAUUUUUGUCUCAUCAGACCACAUGACCUUCUCCCAUUCCUCCUCUGGAUCAUCCAGAUGGUCAUUGGCAAACUUCAGACGGGCCUGGACAUGCGCUGGCUUGAGCAGGGGGACCUUGCGUGCGCUGCAGGAUUUUAAUCCAUGACGGCGUAGUGUGUUACUAAUGGUUUUCUUUGAGACUGUGGUCCCAGCUCUCUUCAGGUCAUUGACCAGGUCCUGCCGUGUAGUUCUGGGCUGAUCCCUCAACUUCCUCAUGAUCAUUGAUGCCCCACGAGGUGAGAUCUUGCAUGGAGCCCCAGACCGAGGGUGAUUUAACCGUCAUCUUGAACUUCUUCCAUUUUCGAAUAAUUGCGCCAACAGUUGUUGCCUUCUCACCAAGCUGCUUGCCUAUUGUCCUGUAGCCCAUCCCAGCCUUGUGCAGGUCUACAAUUGUAUCCCUGAUGUCCUUACACAGCUCUCUGGUCUUGGCCAUUGUGGAGAGGUUGUAGUCUGUUUGUGGAAAGGUGUCUUUUAUACAGGUAACGAGUUCAAACAGGUGCAGUUAAUACAGGUAAUGAGUGGAGAACAGGAGGGCUUCUUAAAGAAAAACUAACAGGUCUGUGAGAGCCAGAAUUCUUACUGGUUGGUAGGUGAUCAAAUACUUAUGUCAUGCAAUAAAAUGCAAAUUAAUUACUUAAAAAUCAUACAAUGUGAUUUUCAGGAUUUCUGUUUUAGAUUCCGUCUCUCACAGUUGAAGUGUACCUAUGAUAAAAAUUACAGACCUCUACAUGCUUUGUAAGUAGGAAAACCUGCAAAAUCGGCAGUGUAUCAAAUACUUGUUCUCCCCACUGUAUAAAAAAUAUAACACUUGUUGUUUUUUGCUCAAAUCUUUGGGGGCCAAAUAAAGUCAUCUGCCAGUUGGAGAACCUUGCUCUAGAUAGUCUAUUUUCCCAGUCAUCUGUAAUAAUGAUUCACAGACAGUGCUGAUGUCAUCUCCCGUGGAUUUACAGUAAGUCUCUAUCAGGUCAUCCACCUCUCCCUAGCAGAACUGCAAACUGUUCUUAAGGUCUUGGACCUCUCUGAUCAGAUCGUCCAUUCUUUUGUUAGUUGAGUCCACCAGUAUUUGGACAAAGUUCUUGAAACUGUUUUCCUGUUGCUGUAACAAUAGCUUGUAGACAUAUUUUUGUUGAUUUUAAAAGAUCAUGCACCUGUGAUAGCGAAACACUGUCCUCUCCAUUACUCCAACCUUCUUUAACUUUGGGCGGCAUGAUCGUAGCAACAUAGGCUAACACUGGUACUCCACGCAAUUCCAACCAGCACAGCUCACAGGGUCUAUGGAAACAGCAACAAACAGCAGGGAUUUAAACAACCACAAGCCCGGGACUAUCCGCGGUCCCAGCCACAAGGGCUAACUGCGUCGUGGGCUGUGUUCAAACUGUCAAGGAAAUCUGGCUAGCAUGAUAGCUAGCAGUUAGGCAGGCUGCUUCGCCAAGCAGCAGCUCUUUUAGGGUUUGGCAGUGUCCCAGCAACUGAGGUUAACCGCGUCGCGGGAUCCAAAUUAAAUGGGUAGGCUAGUAAACAAUUUGUUUUUUCAAGGAAAAACUUUUCCAGAAACGUUCAAAACAACCAAACGAGCUCUCUCUCAUUCCGCAUUCAGCAUGCGUCGCGCUAUGAAGCAUGAGUGUUCGCAUGAGUGGGGAGCUAACAUUGCAGCCCAGACAGCUCUAGCAAUGAAUGAGUGAUCCUUUUAAUGCGUAAAUUCGUAUAGACACGCUUGCUUUGCCCUUAUGUUGGUGGUAGCAAGCAGGCUAGGUAGUGCUAGGUAUCAACAGCCAAUCCAGUAGGGGCUGGAAACUAUAGUGAGCUUCGAUUGGUCAAUAGCAACUCGAUGUCGCGGAGUACGCGACAAAAGUUCAGAUUUCCCCGCCCUGUUCAACGAUCCCUCGCCCUCGCAUUGAAAAUGAAUGGGGCUCCGUUGUUCGUUGUUUAAUCGCCCCCCAAUGAUGGGUUUCCAGUGUAAGUGAAGCAGGCAUUUUGCUCUUCUCUCUAUAAAGGGGCUGCACUGAUAGACGGAUCUGAUCCUCUCAAUCACAUGAGACACAUUUGACAGAACUAUCAAACAUAACCAAAAUUCUAGUAUAAAACUGUUUUUUGGGCGGUAUAACAAAAGUACAGAAGUUUCGGUAUGCUGUGUAACACUAGUUAGGGUAGAGUGGAAUUAGGACACUCUUUUGGCUUUGAGAGUGUUGAGUAUUUGAGUGGAUUGCACACUCAUUAGAGGUCCUCCCAGGGGCUUUAGGAGUGUAGUGUGGGAGCUAGAGGGGUAUGUUAUGGUGGAGAGAAGACGCUGUGCCAACAAGAAUCUUUACUGUCCCCCCCCUCCCCCUGUGACAGCUCAGAUGGUAGGAUUAGGGCGAGCUCAACCACCCAGCUCAGCUGAAUUAGGCAGAAAUUAACAUGGGAUCACAUAUCACUGACACAGACAUGGAGAGGGGGGGUAAACUGAGGGAUUUGGAAGCACAGACAGGACUCAUUGUCAGUCACAAGCACAGCACAAACACUCCCACCCCCUUGGCCCCUUUGUGCGCACAUACACAGAGUGAAGAGCUCUCUAGCUGAGGUAUGUUAGUUGGGGAUGUAGAGACCGAGUGUAUGUGCUGGGCUGGGCACGGUUUAGAAUCAAUACAGUGUACCUCCCUGUGCCAGCAAACAGACAGAGAGAGACUUGGUGCUAACCUUCCCCUGGUGGCUACAGGCUCUGCACCCCCUUAUAGAUCCAUUAGACAAGUCACUGGGGAAGGUAAGAUAAGAACCGGGGACGUAUUCAUUAGUGCACGCUGUAGCAAAACAUUUUGUAACGGCAAAUGAGCAGUUCUCAUUGGACAAGUCCACAUAGUCCCUUCCUGUUUCAACCCGUUUUCUUACAAUUGAUGCUUAAAUGAAUACGACCCAGGCCUCACGUGAAUUAGGACUGACUGGGACAGGUGAAGGUAUUCAGAAACACAACUGCAGGUCAAGCUUAAUUAUGGGCUUUAUUAACACACUGGGAGGAAAGAACAGCAGUCCACUCCAAACUAUCCUCCUUGUUCUCUCUUUCCCAGCCACGCAGACACAUUGAGAGCAGAGUAGAGUAGAGUUAUUUUUGGAGUUCUGAGAGGAGAUUUGAUGCGUGUUGUGUUUGUGUUCAGAGAGUUAGUUUGGCCUGACUCUGCUCUGCUGUGGAUGUCAGGCAGGGCUCACUCAAGGGGCCCUUUUGGUGUGUGUGUGUGUUUAAUCCUAUGACUGACUAUGUUGAUGGUGUUUUCAGGAUCAGGUAAAGUAGUUGACUCAUGCUUCAUGCUUGGUAAGUUAGCUCUUUCCUGUAAUUCACUCUGGUUUAAGUAUGAAGGGUGUCCUUUCCUUCUGGCCCUGGUUAGGUGUUGUGGUGGAAAUAGGUCUAGCUGGUGUUUAUGGGAUAGAGCUGUGUAGCGCUGCUGCUCUAAACCAGUCCAGCUGUGUGCUAUCUGAGAGAGGUAGAGAGGAGGGAUGGCCUCAGUCCGGGGAGAUGGCCUCAGUCCGGGGAGAUGGCCUCAGUCCAGGGAGAUGGCCUCCCACUGAGUGAGAGGAGAGGAGGGUCAACUCUUUCACGCGGUCAUCACACACACCCUUGACGAGUGAAGCAGACACACCAACAUUAUUCAGUCAUACACAAUCUUCAGCCUGUCGCAGGUGCUGGUGUCUCUGUCACGGACACUAGUCCUGUUAGAUCUGCCAGCUGCUCUGUUGACGCACGCACACGAGGACCAUAGAGUUGGAUGAUGCUGUGAAGACUCUAGAACAAAAUGCAUAAUUUACCUUAAUUUCACUCUCAAACUCAAAGGGCAGGGUUUUGAAAGCAGGGAGAGGGGAAAAGGAGAACACGGAGAGCAGAGUGGGAGAGUGGAUUUAAUUGGAUGCUCUUGGCACAGCGUUUAAGCAAACAUGGUAUGGAAAUUCAUACCAUACCAUUAACGUACUGUGCCUUCAAAAAGUAUUCAAACCCCUUGACUUUUUCCACAUUUUGUUGUUACAAAAUGGGAUUAAAAUGGAUUUAAUUGGCAUUUUCUGUCAACGAUCUACACAAAAUACUCUGUCAAAGUGGAAGAAAAAUUCUAACAUUUGUAAAAAAAAUAAAAAUAAAUAAAUAAAUAAAUAAAUAAAUAUCCAGCCGAUUUUAAGUCAAAACUGUAACUAGGCCACUCGGGAACAUUCAAUAUCGUCUUGGUAAGCAACUCCAGUAUAUGUUUGGCCUUGUGUUUUAGGUUAUUGUCCUGCUGAAAGGUGAAUUCAUCUCCAAGUGUCUGUUGGAAAGUAAACUGAACCAGGUUUUCCUCUAGGAUUUUGCAUGUACUUAGCUCUAUUCCAUUUAUUUUUAUCCCCAAAAAACUCCCUAGUCCAUGCCGAUGACAAGCAUACCCAUAAUAUGAUGCAGAAAAGUGGGACUCAGUGAUGUUGUGUUGGAUUUGUUCCAAACAUAAUGCUUUGUAUUCAGGACAUAAAGUUAAUUUCUUUGCCACAUUCUUUGCAGUUUUACUUCAAAUCAAAUGUAUUGGUCACAUACACAUGGUUAGCAGAUGUUAAUGCGCGUGUAGCGAAAUGCUUUAUUGCCUUAUUGGAAACAGGAUGCAUGUUUUGGAAUAUUUUAUUCUGUAUAGGCUUCCUUCUUUUCACUAUGUCAAUUAGGUUAGUAUUGUGGAGUAAAUACAAUGUUGAUCCAUCCUCAGUUUUCUCCUAUCACAGCCAUUAAACUCUGUAACUGUUGUAAAGUCACCAUUGGCCUCAUGGUGAAAUCCCUGAGUGCUUUCCUUCCUCUACGGAAACGGACUUAGGAAAGACACCUGUAUCUUUGUAGUGACUGGGUGUAUUGAUACACCACCCAAAGUGUAAUUAAUAACUUCAUCAUGCUCAAAGGGAUAUUCAAUGUCUGCUUAAAAAAAAAAAAAACAUUUACCAAUAGGUGCCCUUCUUUGCGAGGCAUUGGAAAACCUCCCUGGUCUUUGUGGUUGAAUACUCCCGAGUGGCGCAGUGGUCUAAGGCACUGCAUCGCAGUGCUAGCUGUGCCACUAGAGAUCCUGGUUCGAGUCCAGGCUCUGUCGCAGCCGGCCGCGACCGGGAGACCCAUGGGCGGCGCACAAUUGGUCCAGCGUCGUCCAAGGUAGGGGAGGGUUUGGCCGGCAGGGAUGUGGAUUCGUUUCCCACGGGGGGCCAGUAUGAAAAAACAAAAAACAAAACAAACAAAAAAACAUGUAUGCAUUCACUAAACUGUAAGUCGCUCUGGAUAAGAGCGUCUGCAAAAUGUAAAAUGUAAAUGUAAUGUGUGUUUGAAAUUCAAUGCUCGCCUUAGGGAUCUUAAAGAUAAAUUGUAUGUGUGGGGUACAGAGAUGAGGUAGUCAUUCAAAAAUCAUGUUAAACACUAUUAUUGCACACAGUGAGUCCAUGCAACUUAUGUGACUUGUUAAGCACAUUAUUACUCCUGAACUUCUUCAGAAAAUGGCUGUCUAACAAAGGGUUUUAAUACUUAUUGACUCAAGACAUUUCAGCUUUUCAUUUGUAAUUAAUUUGUAAACAUUUCCAAAAACAUGAUUCCACUUUGUACAGUGAGGGGAAAAAAGUAUUUGAUCCCCUGCUGAUUUUGUACGUUUGCCCAAUGACAAAGAAAUUAUCAGUCUAUAAUUUUAAUGGGAGGUUUAUUUGAACAGUGAGAGACAGAAUAACAACAACAAAAUCCAGAAAGACGCAUGUCAAAAAUGUUAUAAAUUGAUUUGCAUUUUAAUGAGGGAAAUAAGUAUUUGACCCCUCUGCAAAACAUGACUUAGUACUUGGUGGCAAAACCCUUGUUGGCAAUCACAGAGGUCAGAAGUUUCUUGUAGUUGGCCACCAGGUUUGUACACAUCUCAGGAGGGAUUUUGUCCCACUCCUCUUUGCAGAUCUUCUCCAAGUCAUUAAGGUUUCGAGGCUGACGUUUGGCAACUCGAACCUUCAGCUCCCUCCACAGAUUUUCUAUGGGAUUAAGGUCUGGAGACUGGCUAGGCCACUCCAGGACCUUAAUGUGCUUCUUCUUGAGCCACUCCUUUGUUGCCUUGGCCGUGUGUUUUGGGUCAUUGUCAUGCUGGAAUACCCAUCCACGACCCAUUUUCAAUGCCCUGGCUGAGGGAAGGAGGUUCUCACCCAAGAUUUGACGGUACAUGGCCCCGUCCAUCGUCCCUUUCAUGCGGUGAAGUUGUCAUGUCCCCUUAGCAGAAAAACACCCCCAAAGCAUAAUGUUUCCACCUCCAUGUUUGACGGUGGGGAUGGUGUUCUUAGGGUCAUAGGCAGCAUUCCUCCUCCUCCAAACAUGGUGAGUUGAGUUGAUGCCAAAGAGCUCCAUUUUGGUCUCAUCUGACUACAACACUUUCACCCAGUUCUCCUCUGAAUCAUUCAGAUGUUCAUUGGCAAACUUCAGACGGGCAUGUAUAUGUACUUUCUUGAGCAGGAGGACCUUGCGGGCGCUGCAGGAUUUCAGUCCUUCACGGCGUAGUGUGUUACCAAUUGUUUUCUUGGUGACUAUGGUCCCAGCUGCCUUGAGAUCAUUGACAAGAUCCUCCCGUGUAGUUCUGGGCUGAUUCCUCACCGUUCUCAUGAUCAUUGCAACUCCACGAGGUGAGAUCUUGCAUGGAGCCCCAGGCCGAGGGAGAUUGACAGUUAUUUUGUGUUUCUUCCAUUUGCGAAUAAUCGCACCAACUGUCACCUUCUCACCAAGCUGCUUGGCGAUGGUCUUGUGUAGGUCUACAAUCUUGUCCCUGACAUCCUUGGAGAGCUCUUUGGUCUUGGCCAUGGUGGAGAGUUUGGAAUCUGAUUGAUUGAUUGCUUCUGUGGACAGGUGUCUUUUAUACAGGUAACAAACUGAGAUUAGGAGCACUCCCUUUAAGAGUGUGCUCCUAAUCUCAGCUCGUUACCUGUAUAAAAGACACCUGGGAGCCAGAAAUCUUUCUGAUUGAGAGGGGUUCAAAUACUUAUUUCCCUCAUUAAAAUGCAAAUCAAUUUAAAUAAUUUUUUAUGUGUUUUUCUGGAUUUUGUUGUUGUUAUUAUGUCUCUCACUGUUCAAAUAAACCUACCAUUUAAAAUUAUAGACUGAUCAUUUCUUUGUCAGUGGGCAAACAUACAAAAUCAGCAGGGGAUCAAAUACUUUUUUCCCUCACUGUAUUGUGUGUAGAACAGUGACUAAAAAGUAUACAUUUAAUCGAUUUAAAAUUCAGGCUAUAACACAAAAUGUGGAAAAAGUCCAGGGAUGUGAAUACUUUCUGAAGGCACUAUAUCUCUAAUACCAACACUGUCUGGAUCCUAGCUGUUUUAUCAACAUUAUAGCUUUGAUCCUCAGCUAGAAUAACGUCCUUCCAAGGCACAAGCGCCAGCUGCAUUGCAUGACUUUCAAUGUUUCCAACGUGAGAGCAUUAAUGCUAGUUGUCAAUACUGAUGCCAGUAGUGUCAUGGCUGACCUGUGGACCAUUCUCGACCGUACUCUGACCGUUUUGUGACUGUGCUGCGUUUGUUUUACAGGGACAUUCCCGUGGACUUCAAGUACAUCGCAGAGCCUAGUAUGCACUCUAUGCCUGCUGUAACGCUCUCACCCAAUGGUGAGUGGACGCACGCACGCACACACACACACACACACAGCUUUUUAUUGUACCAUUCCCCUCCUUCAUACCCUUCCCCUCCAUCCUUCUCCCCCAUCCUCUCAUCCCCAUAUCUCCCUCUGAGCUGUGUUCAUAUAUUUGUCCUAAAAUGGAUUGUUUCUCAUUAGUCUAAAUAACAGAUUAACUCUCACUGGGAGAGCAGCCGACUCAACUCUGUCCCCCACAGCUCCACUCCUAAAGGGUAGCCAGGCUGCAGCGCUAGCUGGGAGCGUUUCUUCCUCUAUACUUCUUAUUUUCUCUCCACUAACAAAAGAGAGCCCAGUUGUAUUUAUCAGUUUCUCGUCCACCUACAGCGGUUGGCAUUUUGGGAUAAUGGCAUCCUUUUAUGUGGGUUUGUUAGGGAGGCACUCGGAAAGGCAGGACACACAUGCACACACGGGGGAGUGCACACAUGCACACAAACAGUGGAGCUCACGCACAUGCGCGCACACACACUGUGGAGCACACACUGCACCCGAUGUCACAGGAAGGCCAAAAAUAUCAUGAAGGACAUCAACCACCCGAGUAUAUACUGUAUUCUAUUCUACUGUAUUUUAGUAAAUGCUCAUCCUAAUAUUUAUAUAUUUCUUAAUUCCAUUCUUUUACUUUUAGAUUUGUGUGUAUUGUUGUGAAUUGUUAGAUACUACUGCACUGUUGGAGCUACACCCUCAAUAACAUCUGCUAAAUAAGUGUAUGUGACCAAUACAAUUUGAUUUGAUUUAUUACUGAGUCCUAGUGUCGGAGUAGAGAGACAGGAAGUUUGCUAGCUAACAGAACGUCUGUGAAGCUGACAUCAAAGUUGCAUCCCAAAUGGCACCCUAUUGAACAGGGCCCAAAGUAGUGCAUAUAUAUAGGGAAUAGGGUGCCAUUUGGGACGUAGCCCAAGUCAGCAUUCGGUCAUCAAAAGUAUUUUCAUUCUUUCCAAAGUGCUUGGCUUAAUCUUUCUCUCUCAGGCGGUUACAGAGAAGAGCUGCUAGUGUCUACUGGGGUGGUCCACUCCUAUGGGUUCACAUUCUCAAUCUGUUGUACGAGACAUUUCUAUCAUUCAUUUUUUUAGCUUAAUCCCAUUCCAAAUAAAACCGAGCCCCUUGAUAAUGCAUUGGCUGAUUUUCACACUCUGAAAAAGGUUGAACAGAAAGGUGUUGUUUUGAAAUACCGUGGUCCAGGCCCACUGCUCACUGGAGAAGACAUGGGGGUCAACCCCUAACAUCAGCAUGCUCUAACUAAAACUCAGAAGAACUCAAAAUAACUUAAAAAUAAAAUAAAAAAUCUAAAUGUUAUUGUAUUUUCUCCCCCUGUAGGUAAGUGGCUGGCCUGCCAGUCCAUGGACAAUCAGAUCCUGAUAUUUGGAGCCCAGAACCGUUUCCGUCUGAACAAGAAGAAGAUCUUCAAGGGCCACAUGGUGGCUGGCUACGCCUGCCAGGUGGACUUCUCCCCAGACAUGAGGUAAGACAACACCAUCCUAUACAUUAGUGCAAAUGGUAGCAAAAUGGUUUGCAACGGAAACAAUUGUUGUUUUUUACCAGAAAACAUACAUAGACCGAAUACAAUAGAUGGAUGCACACAAAUUCCAACAAACAAUGACAUCACACCUGCUCAAACUCACAUGUUCCCACCACAUCCAUACCCAUUACGUUUGUCUCACUCCAACAUUCCCUCUCAUUCUUCAUACCUUGGGCGUUUCCAGUGCUUGUAAAACUAUGCCAUAUGGCCUCAAACUGCGCUGUUCUAUUUCUCUCUGUAGCCCAAAUUUGUUCAAUAUUUAAAUAAUAAUGCCUUUGAUUCAUCCACUGUCUUAAUGAUGGAGGAUCAUUUGAAUUCUUCCAUAGGGUUUUUUAUUUUUAUUUAUUUCACCUUUAUUUAACCAGGUAAGCCAGUUGAGAACAGGUUCUCAUUUACAACUGCGACCUGACAACAGGGUUGUGUUGUUAGGGAGUGAUAUUGGUUCUUACAGAAUACGUUUCAUUUUCUUCCAUAUUGUUAUAGUGUUCUUAACUAUGAAGAAGUUGUUAAAGUUCUUAGCUUUAUCCUUAGAAAAUAGACAUGUAAAAAGAUACUGGGGAUGAGCAUGCACAUCUUCAAGAUCCCUCUGUAAGAUCCCUCAGUCAAGCAGUGAAUUUCAACCACAAAGACCAGGGAAGUUUACUAAUGCCUCGCAAAGAAGGGCACCUAUUGGUAGAUGGGUACAAAUAGAAAAACAGACUGCAUAUCCCUUUGAGCAUGGUGCAGUUAUUACACUUUGGAUGGUGUACCAAUACACUCAAUCACUACAAAGAUACAGGCGUCCUUCCAAACUCAGUUGCCGGAGAGGAAGAAAACUCAGGGAUUUCACCAUGAGGCCAAUGGUGACUUUAAAACUGUUACAGAGUUUAAUGGCCGUGAUAGAAAACUGAGGGUGGAUCAACAACAUUGUAAUUACUCCACAAUACAAACCUAAAGGACAGAGUGAAAAGAAUAACAAAUAUUCCAAAACCUGCAUCCUGUUUUGCAAUAAGGCACUAAAGUAAAAUAGCAAAAAAUGUGGCAAAGAAAUUAACUUUGUCCUGAAUACACACAUUAUGUUUGGGGCAAAUCCAACAUAACACAUCACUGUGUGCCACUCUUCAUAUUUUCAAACAUGGUGGUGGCUACAUCAUUUUAUGGGUAUGCUUGUCAUCGGCAAGGACUAGAACGUUUUUUUGGAUAAAAAUAAACUGCAUAGAGCUAAGCACAGGCAACAUCCUAGCAGAAAACCUGGUUCAGUCUGCUUUCCAACAUACACUGGGAGACAAAUUCACCUUUCAGCAGGACAAUAACCAAAACACAAGGCCAAAUAUAUACUGGAGUUGCUUACCAAGACGACAUAGAAUGUUCCUGAGUGUUACAGUUUUGACUUCAAUGUGCUUGAAAAUCUAUGGCAAAAAAAUGGCUGUCUCCCUAUGUAAUGAAGAUAUAUGCGUUUUUGUUGUUUUUUUACAAAUGUUUUUCCUUCCACUUUGACAUUUCACAGUAUUUUGUGUAGAUCGUUGACGAAAAGUGGGGGAAAAAAAGUAUUUAGUCAGCCACCAAUUGUGCAAGUUCUCCCACUUAAAAAGAUGAGAGGCCUGUAAUUUUCAUCAUAGGUACACGUCAACUAUGACAGACAAAUUGAGAAAAAAAAUCCAGAAAAUCACAUUGUAGGAUUUGUAAUUAUUUUAUUUGCAAAUUAUGGUGGAAAAUAAGUAUUUGGUCAAUAACAAAAGUUUCUCAAUACUUUGUUAUAUACCCUUUGUUGGCAAUGACACAGGUCAAACGUUUUCUGUAAGUCUUCACAAGGUUUUCACACACUGUUGCUGGUAUUUUGGCCCAUGCCUCCAUGCAGAUCUUCUCUAGAGCAGUGAUGUUUUGGGGCUGUCGCUGGGCAACACGGACUUUCAACUCCCUCCAAAGAUUUUCUAUGGGGUUGAGAUCUGGAGACUGGCUAGGCCACUCCAGGACCUUGAAAUGCUUCUUACGAAGCCACUCCUUCGUUGCCCGGGCGGUGUGUUUGGGAUCAUUGUCAUGCUGAAAGAUCCAGCCACGUUUAAUCUUCAAUGCCCUUGCUGAUGGAAGGAGGUUUUCACUCAAAAUCUCACGAUACAUGGCCCCAUUCAUUCUUUCCUUUACGCGGAUCAGUCGUCCCGGUCCCUUUGCAGAAAAACAGCACCAAAGCAUGAUGUUUCCACCCCCAUGCUUCACAGUAGGUAUGGUAUUUCUUUGGAUGCAACUCAGCAUUCUUUGUCCUCCAAACACGACGAGUUGAGUUUUUACCAAAAAGUUAUAUUUUGGUUUCAUCUGACCAUAUGACAUUCUCCCAAUCCUCUUCUGGAUCAUCCAAAUGCACUCUAGCAAACUUCAGACGGGCCUGGACAUGUACUGGCUUAAGCAGGGGGACACGUCUUGCACUGCAGGAUUUGAGUCCCUGGCGGCGUAGUGUGUUACUGAUGGUAGGCUUUGUUACUUUGGUCCCAGCUCUCUGCAGGUCAUUCACUAGGUCCCCCGUGUGGUUCUGGGAUUUUUGCUCACCGUUCUUGUGAUCAUUUUGACCCCAUGGGGUGAGAUCUUGCGUGGAGCCUCAAAUCGAGGGAGAUUAUCAGUGGUCUUGUAUGUCUUCCAUUUCCUAAUAAUUGCUCCCACAGUUGAUUUCUUCAAACCAAGCUGCUUACCUAUUGCAGAUUCAGUCUUCCCAGCCUGGUGCAGGUCUAAAAUUUUGUUUCUGGUGUCCUUUGACAGCUCUUUGGUCUUGGCCAUAGUGGAGUUUGGAGUGUGACUGUUUGAGGUUGUGGACAGGUGUCUUUUAUACUGAUAACAAGUUCAAACAGGUGCCAUUAAUACAGGUAACGAGUGGAGGACAGAGGAGCCUCUUAAAGAAGAAGUUACAGGUCUGUGAGAGCCAGUAAUCUUGCUUGUUUGUAGGUGACCAAAUACUUAUUUUUCACCAUAAUUUGCAAAUAAAUUAAUAAAAAAUCCUACAAUGUGAUUUUCUGGAUUAUUUUUUCUUAAUUUGUCUGUCAGGCCUCUCUCAUCUUUUUAAGUGGGAGAACUUGCACAAUUGGUGGCUGACUAAAUACUUUCCCCCCCCCACUGUACCUACUGGACUCAACCCAGGGGUUUAUGUUAGCAAAGGGUUUUGAGGAAGACAUUUUGGAAACUUCAGGGGGAGCGAGAAGUAGCAUCCCCCAAGCAGGUAAUAUUGUGUAUAUCCAGAAACUGACUCGCCUCUCUCUACUUCCCUCUCUGAAACUAGUCCUUCAUUCAGUUACUGUUUCUGAGGACAUCCUGUACUUAGAGAGCUAACCAGGCCAUUUACAUGCACUAAUUUUAGCACAAACCCCAACUAAGAACCCACUCACCCCUAUCAGCAGGUGCCUUCACUUCUCUCUCUUAGUAACCAUGGAAACAGCAAGUAACCCCUGCUUCGAGCAGAGACCCAAAUUCACACCACCUCUCAGGUGAAAUGGAACAGGAGUCAUUUUUAGCAGGGAGCCUAACCUCUAUCUCUCCUCCCAUCUCUCCCUCCCUCCCUCUCUCUCUCUCCUGUAGCUAUGUGGUGUCUGGCGAUGCGGAUGGGAAGCUGAAUAUCUGGGACUGGAAGACCACCAAGCUGUACCACCGGAUCAAGGCCCACGACAAGGUGUGCAUCAGUGCCUUGUGGCACCCCCAUGAGACCUCCAAGGUCAUCACCUGUGGCUGGGACGGACUGAUCAAACUUUGGGACUAG